CGCCGCGUGCCUGCGUAAAACAAGUGCCUCGCUUUCCCGGUGCCAGAUGUGGAAGGCCGAUGCGCACGCCGCGUGCGUAAAAACCUUUAUUUCCUAACCUAACCCCACCCCCAGGGUCCGAGCGUUGUUGGGGGACACAGAGCCUGGAUCGGCGGGGGAAGCAAGCGGCGGACCCACGCAGCCGGCGAGGCUGGCUUUUCCUGUGGCUUGACUUCGGGACGCUUCUCCCAGUUGGGCGAGGGAGUGCAACGCGCCGAGCUCCGCCCCUUUGCGCGAACUCCCGCUGCCGCCUGCUCGGCUAAGCCGCCGCUCAGAAGCCUUGCGCUUGGUGGCGAGGCGGGCGGGCGAGCGAGCACAUCCCCGAGGGAAGCGGCCAGGUCGGAGCCCGGGGUCGCCGGGCCGCUCUCCUGCCCUCUCUCCGCGUAUGGCUCUCGGCAAGUAAGCGCGCUCGCUCCUCCCUCCUUCCCGGGAUCGCCCGGGCUAUCAUGCGCGCCUCUCGGUGGGCUCUCCAGGGCAGCUCGCCGGCCAAGUGAUCGGUCCCUCCGCGGCGCGCUCGGCUGCCCCUUCCUUUUUAAUGCGCGGCUCUUUCGGCCGGCCGCCUCUCCCGCCGCCGCUGCCCAGCCCGCCGGCUCCCUGGCUCUGCCCCCCGUGACGGAGAUGCGCGCGGCGGGGUGGUUCAAGCGGCGGGCGGCGGAGGCGGCUGCCGCCCGGCUGCUGGUGUGGCUCCUCUUGGGCGCCUGGGCUGUGGAGCUGCGCUGCGCCCUGGCCGACUUCACGCUGGAGAACGAGGUGCACUCGAGCUUCAUCCACCGGAGGCUCCGCAGCCAGGAGCGCCGGGAGAUGCAGCGGGAGAUCCUCUCCAUCCUGGGCUUGCCCCACCGGCCGAGGCCCCAUCUGCACGGCAAGCACAACUCGGCGCCCAUGUUCAUGCUGGACCUCUACAAUGCCAUGUCGGUGGAGGAGGAGGGCGCCGGAGGCAGCGACGGCGGAGAGGGCUACUCGUACCCUUACAAGCCCAUCUUCAGCACCCAGGGGCCGCCCCUGGCUAGCCUGCAGGACAGCAACUUCCUCACCGAGGCCGACAUGGUCAUGAGCUUCGUCAACAUGGGUGAGUCUCUUGGCUGGCAGGGAGAGGGAGAAGGGGCUUGGGGAACACUUGGGAGAUGGAAGGACACUUCCUCGUGGCCUCCGGGAAGCCAGGAGGAACCUGUGGGAUGGUGAGGCCAAGUGGCUGGCACUGGCAAUGCAAGGGCAUAGCAGCCCAGGCCUGGCAUCCUGGGCAGUUCCUGUGGCAUCCAUGAGCCACCCUGUAGGGCCUGUUUGGGCAGACACCUGCAGCAGGCAGGAGCCAUUUCCCCCAAUGCCCCCCCCAAUAGUGGUAUUCCAGGGCAUUGUGGGAAAUUGCAGUGACCCAGCGGGACAUUUUGCCAGACAUCUCUUCAGACAUGGAGCUAAUCUUCUUUAAAAAAACAACAACAACCCCGCUUGAACUGACCUGGAACUAUUUAUUACUAUCUCUUCAGUGUUUGUCCUGGCUUAAGAUGCUGCCCCUUCACCCAGAAGUAUUAGACUGGGCUUUAAAAAUAUUAACGCUCCACUUAAGCACCUUUUGAGAAACCCUCUAGUUAUAUGUAUGAGACAGCUGUUAAAGGAAGGGUUUAGUGCAGCACUUCUGAAGUGUUUUGAUAUCCACCCCCCAAAAAGUUUAUUUUAAUUUAUGGGAUCCCCCAUCCUUGCACCAACCAUCCGAACAGCAAUCCUUGGUUGUGCCAUUCUUGGGUGCCUGCAGCCUGUUGCUGUUAAAGACCUGUUGAUUGGGGUUCUUACCCAACACUGGCAUUUGAAAAGGCGGUGGUGUUUGAAAAGUAGAUUUAUGAUGCCUCUCAGAUCUGCAAGCAGGGAAACAUCUGAACAAAUUAGUGGGUCUUUGCUAACUGGGUUGGAUGGAUGGAGCAAGUGGAGGAAUGCUAUCCUCACAAAUCCAAUGUGAAUCAGUUAUGAUCCCCUUCUAAGGGACAUUCACCCUACCAGUGUGUCUAGAAUACUGAGAGAAGGAUGGGUCCCUCCUCAGGAUCCUGUCCCUCCUUAUAACUUUCUAUCCCUCCUAGGACUAGGUGAUCCAUACUCAACAAGGGUGGUGAUGUCCCACAGCGUGAGAGCCAUUAAUUUAACAUGUAACCUGUCAUUGCUGAGUGAUCUUCAAAUAUGUGCUUUUGCUUAUUACUGAGUGUUUCUAGCCACCUGAAAUACUUUUCCAAGGCCAAAGGUUUGGGCCAUCAGCUGUCUUUAGCCCUUUCCCUGCAAAGGCAACAUCCAUAGAUUCACUUUAAGGCUGCAAUCGUAUGCACACUAACUUGGGAGUGAGUGGUGCUUGAAUGCAUAGGACCAAGUUGCAUGGCAAAAGGCAGAUUAACCACUGAGAAGCAAAUAGAGCCCUUUGGGUUCCAUGCUUGCAACAGCCAGCGUGGAUUGCAAGCAUCAACUGAAACCUUCACCAAUGAGUAUGGAUUUUUAAAAGAUGAGGAAAUUGCAUCAUUUUACUGUGUACAAGUGCUUAGAGCCUGGAGGUUACAGAAUCUUGUGUAUGGGCCCCUAAUUAUACUUUAAUGUACAUGUUUUGGUACCCAGUUCACAGUAGGGGUGGGGUACUUGUCUAGCUCUUUAAAAAUCAAGUAAAACAGGGAGGGGUAUGGUGCUGCUAUGGGGUAAUUUAACCUAGAAUAAAGACCUUUGUGACUAAUUUAGGAUUGUGAGAAUAAUUCCAUAUGCAUGUGCUGAAAGAGUAAUAAUUUCUUUUCUUUUACUAUGGAAGUACUGUAUGGACAAAGUGUUCUUAUGGAAAACAGCUCUGUAUCAAGAAGUCUUCAGAACUAGCUAUAAAAAGGUGGUUCUCAGUUGUAGUUGCAACUGUGAUGAUUGAUUAUGUGGUGUUGUUAAUUGUGGAUUAAUUAAUCUCAAUUAGUGUCAUCUUGUAAAUGCACUUGGGAGCUGGCUCAGAGACAUUUGCUGUGGCGACUUAGAACUCCUUGCUUCACCUCCCAAUCUUGUUUUGUUGUCUUUGCUGCUGCCUGAACAGGAAUGCCAUGAUGUCCAUCUUUAUUUCUUCGCUUUAGCAGUGUUUGUCUGCAUUUUGCCAUGAGGCUAGUUCAGACUUGGGAACCUGAACUGCAGCAGGCCACAGACUGCAACGUAUAACAGAUGAAGGGGCUUAAACCACCUUUGAAUAACUGCAACAUUGCUGGUGUUGCUGUAAAUGGAGAAGUACUGGUGGAAAAGGAGACACACACAGGCAGUAUUUAAGCUUCUCCAAAGAGCCAGUUUUUGUAGGAUUGCUUGUGGGGUUUCAGUUCUUUUUCAGGUUGCAGUCCCCAAACCCUUUACUUUAGAGGGAUCCUAUUUAGACCAGUGGGAGAACUCUGCAGUAAGUGGGUUGUGAUCUUAAUGACCCCAAGAAACGUUCUCUAGUAAAUCCUCAUUUGCUGCUCUUUCUAAUGAGCUAGCCUGGGUUGCCAGCCCGUGCUCUUUUGGUGAGCACAUGUGGAUGGGUUUAUGCAAAUUAAAUGGAAGUUGUCACUUUUCGGCUUGCGGUUGGCUGAGCCUUUUUAAUGGGAUGUGGUCCUCCAAUGGGGAUUUCUCUUUGUGUGCUAUGGGUCAGAAUAAACUGGCUGGAUUUGAGUAGAACACUCUCAGGGGCAAGCUGUCUAUUUAAAAUAUAUAAUUAUAGGCACCAGUUUUGCUGUAUCUGUUUUUAGCCUGUGUCACAUGCAUCUGUGAAACCACCGCAUGUACAGAUUGCAACUCUGUGAAUCCAGACCAAAUCCAAACAGAAGUUCAGAACAGCCAAGAGCUUUAAACGCAGCCCCAGGCUCCCCCCACUGCCCUCUACUCUGCAGCUCACAUUUUAAACAAGAAGGGACUCCCUGGGAAUUGGAAGGGACACACCCUUUGAAUAUGAAAUGAUAAUCUGACUCAUGUUUGUUGUUGUGUUUAUGCGCUCUUUUGCUUAAGAUUUCAUGAUUGUCCAAAUGACCACAAAGUAAGACUGUUGAUGAUAAAAUGGUGGUUUUGGAAGAGUCUUGUGAAUAGUCUGCUGGGAGAUAAAAGGCUAAAGAGGUGCCACUUCUAAGUAGACCUGGGUUGGGGGUGUCAAAUCGCCACCCCCAGGCCUCUUCAGGACUUUUCUGAGGUCAUACCUCUUAUCUCCAGGCCAGAUCCUUCAGUAACCCUGCUCUGCAUUGCCGAGGUAGAAUGUUUCCUUUAACUGCAAUGAUGCUGGCUUGGAUCAAUGGCAGCAAGAUGGGUGUGGGUGUAUGCACUAUACAAAAGUUAGAGGCAUGCCCACUUUUGCCUCUGGUCCUGCUCAUCACUUGAAUGUGGCCCCCAGAAGGUUGUCUAUGAUAGUAUGUGGCUCUUGGGCUGACAAGGGUUCUGCACCUCUGCUUUAGACAUUGUCGCUGAACCCGUAUGGAACUCCAUUGUUGGGAAUCCUUUGUAAAACUUGGGUUUGGUAAGGAAAAACCCCAUACUGAGCUGAGCGUCUGAACCAAGAUUAUUCUUCUCUGUACAGAAAUCAAGUAUGCUAGUAAAAGAGAAUUGCCAGGAGCUUGCCAUUUUAUGUAUGUCAUCGUUUGUACACUGGGUGAUAUACAUCUGAUCCUUGUAAUCCUUCCACCCCCUCUUUGAUGCAGAAAGAUCAUGGCAACUGGGUGCACGCACACUGGCGACCAUGUGAACCUGCACGCAGUUGUUUAUAAACAUUGUGUGUGUGUGUGUGUGUGUGUGUGUGUGUGUGUAGAUACAUGCACAUAAACACAGAGAGAGCCAAAAUGUUCAGGCACACUUUCUAAAUCCAGGAAAACCAGGACGAACUUAUAAACAGUGAAACUCAAUUCAUAGAAUCAUAGGAUAGCUCAGUCUGCAGAGCAUGAGACUUUAAUCUCAAACCAAUCCUGUGCAGGCUUUCUCUGAACUAAAACGCUUCUGGGUUCAGAGGAAAGUGGUCCCACAUAAGUGAGCAAAGGAUUGCAAGACUUAGAGCUGCUUUGCAUAUACACAUCCGUCCCUUGGUGGCUGCAGCAGCGUCAAGCAAGGACUUGUUUGUGUCAUUGUUGAACACCACAGAUAGAACUGUAGUAUUUCAUUCAAUCAAUUCCUUGCUUUUCCAUGGAACUGCUCAGCUGUAUCAGAUGGUGAGCAAUCAAGAGAUGCAAAUGAAUGAAUGAAAUAGCUCACAUUUUCCAUUGUUUAUCUCAGGGGUGGGGAACCUCUUUCAGCCCAAGAGGCACAUUCCAUCCUGGGCAGCCUUUCAGGGGCCACAUACAAGUGGUGGGCGUGGCCAGAGGUAAAGUGGGCAUAACAACAGGUGUGACUCUUACCUUUGUAACGGUAGGCUAUUUUCCAGCAUGUGAAAGUCAGAGAUUUCUGCAUGCACAUACACCGCUCCCCGCCCCUCAAUUCUCGGUCUUACACCUAGGCAAGUAGAGGCAUUACUGCAGUUCAAGUAUAUAUCCCAUCCUAGGAGGAUCACUUGAGGAGGUUUCAGGGCAGCAACAGUGUGGUGUGAAUUGUAGAGUUGGAAUAGCCCAUGAGCAUCAUCUAGUCCAUCUCUCUGCAAUGCAGGAAUCUUUUGCCCAACACUGGGCUCAAACCCACGACCCUGAGAUUUAAGAGUCUCAUGCUCUACUGACUGAGCUAUCCUAGCAGUUAAGUGUGCAGCUUGAGGAGAGGGGAGCUUAGAUAAAGGUUAUAUAAAAAUAAGAACAUAAGGAGAGCCUUGCUGGAUCAAUCCCUUUCCCAAUAACCUUUAACGUGAAAUUUGUUCUUUUACUGCCCAUUCACACAGUUUGGAAAUAUCAUUUUGGAGCUCAUUGCAAUCCACCUUUCUUUUAAACUACUUUGAAUAAAUUUGUAUCAACAGCAAACUUUGCUACCUCUCUGCUCACCCCUUAACUCUAGAUCAUUUAUGAACAAGUUAAAAAGCACAGGUCCUAAUACCAGUCCUUGGGGGGGGGGGUGAGUUCACUUUCCAAAUCUCUCCAGCAGUAGAAGUAGAUAAACACAGGUGGCAGUUCCAGAGAAACAGCAUGCAUUAUUUGUUUCCUAAAAAGCUAGCUGACUUUCCACAAAUGUCUUAGAAUCCUCAUCCAUUAUCUCUAUGUAAGCAAAAGCUACAGGAGUCUUGUGUUACAGUUUGAAAUAUUUUAACAAACCAUUUCAUUUGAGAGUUUUAAGCAAUAUCACAAAAAUAGUAGCCCAGAGAAAAGUGUAAAGCUUCAUUUGAAAUGCUGAACAGAAAGCUCUUCUUUGUCAGGUCCUGUUUAGGAAGAAAUCACAGCUUACAUAAAAGCAGACAACAUGCUUCUACACUGUGCAGGUUGAUGGGUUGAAGUUAAGAUAAUUGCAUGUACAGUGGUACCUUGAGUUAAGAACUUAAUUUGUUCCGGAGGUCAGUUCUUAACCUGAAACUAUUCUUAACCUGACGUACCACUUUAGCUAAUGGGGCCUCCUGCUGCUGCCGUGCCGCCGGAGCACGAUUUCUGUUCUCAUCCUGAAGCAAAGUUCUUAACCCGAGGUACUAUUUCUGGGUUAGCGGAGUCUGUAACCUGAAGCGUAUGUAACCCGAGGUACCACUGUAUUAUAUUGGGUCCAAACCCAACCCCUUCUUGGGCCAGCAUAUGCAAUCAACUGGGUUUCUGUGCCCCUCCUUGAGCUGCUUAAGGCUCGAUGAAGGGGCUGAGCACCUUUGUGUUGAAAAAAAAUCCAUCCCUGCACAUAGAAAAAUACCAUAUCAGGGAGAAGGCAGUUUGCUUUAUGGCAGAGCACCCAGUCGCUCCCCUGCUGCCUGCUGCCUGUAGAGACCAGUCUAAUGCUAUACUGCAGGAGAUGCUCUUCAAGAAAUCAUGGUGCUGUUAUAGUUCUAUUGUGUUUGCCUUCUGUUAGCAUGGUCUGUCAUUAGUAAGAUGAUAGGCAAGAUCCAAUCGUUUUAACAUAGACAGGUGGAACUAUUAGCAACAAGGCACUUCUGAGAGUUUUGUCUGUAUGGUUUUGUUCCCCUGUCAACAGUGCAUGCCAGGACGAGUUUAAGAAAGGACAUAGAUCCAUAAUAGCUUUCUUCAUCCUUGUGCACACCUUUCAUCCCAUUGUAGUCUCAGUUCUUUCAUCUCCAUGGGACAAAGGCCAGCUUGUUUAUAGACUUCUUAAUGAAUUAGACUAGUUGCUAGCCAGCCUAUAUAGCGAAGCACAGCACCUGCUUUCAGACAUACAGAUUUCUAUUGACAGUGGAAAUUAGAAGAUCUUUUGUAAGGUGGUGUCCCCCCCUUUAAACUGAAGGGUUUCUAUAGCGAUCUUUUAAAAUUGCAGCCUGUAUUAAACUGUGUGCCUUGGUUUUGUAAGAGAUACUCUUGUGGGCAUUGUAUUUCCCAGGUAGGGUUUUGUUACAUACGUCAAACUAGCGCAGCAAGUGCCAUAAUGCCAGAAUGUGCAUUGCAGCAGAGAAGUGUCAUAGCACUAUGGAAGCCUUUGCAGCUCCUUUUCCAUUUUUAAAGUAAGUUAAGUACAGAACAUAAAUAAAAUAAAUGCAGCCCUCAAUAAUUGCAACAUAUUGGUACACAUUAACUGACUUCCUUGCAGUUUUCCACCUACCCCUUUGCGUGCCUGGUCAUCGGGAGAAGGAGUUUUUCAAGGAGGUGCUAGGUGGGCAAGCUUUGCAAGGAUGGUGGAAGAUCUAAAAGAUUUUGCAUUUGGAACAAAUGAUCCUUUAUGAGAAGACAGAGUGGCUUUGUAACUUGCAAGGAAGCACCGAAAGAUGGAGAACCAGCAAACGACACCUAUUCUUUUCUUUUUGUGCUCAAUACAGUAAAGUGUAGUUGGGGAAUGUAUGAGGAGCUGUGUAUUCUCCGAUGCAUAGACAGCCACAGAGGUGAUGCAUGACUUUCCCCUCCAUUGGUUACACUGGGAUUGCAGAGAGAGAAAGUGCAAUGGUCAUAUGCUUCCUUGCAAUGUGCAAAGCCACCUUGAAAACAAACUUUAGUUAUUAUGGAAACCACAACAGUUUACUUGUCGUGACUCACACUGGAGAACCUGGGCUUUUAGCUUGAUGUAGGUAUUGAAACUUCACUGUUAAAGAAAUCCUGUCCUGCUGAGUGACAGUUCCCAUAAUCUGCAGAUCAUUGUUUAGUGCGCACAAUUCUCCAAACUGCCAUCAUAAGGGCAAAGGAAACGGGAAAUACCGGUGUGCAUUGAUCUUUGCUAUUCUUUUCCCUAAUAUGGCAGUUACGGAUGCAAGUCUCUAGCACUAGCAUGCCAGUAAAACAGUGCAAGUUGGGUUUAUGGGAGUAUUAAUCCUGCCUGCUCUGCCAGUAACACCAGAGCGCCGCAUGGCUACAGCAGCUAAUAGCUCUUUUUCCAGCCCCUUAAACAAAUGUGGAAUUGAAAAACAGCAGUGAUUUGACAAACCACACAGAGGAAGGCUUUCCAAAGGUGUGGAACCACCACUGACAAGACACUGAUCCUUUAGGAGGGAGGGUACAUUUACUGAAGGGGGAACGGAUUCUUUUUUCGAGCAGGGGAGUUGAUGAUGUUUGAAGUUGAGAUCCCAUCUUUUACACUGUUUGUAGCCCUGGGCAAGUUUCCACCUUCGUAAGCCCAUCAAAUGCAUUUGAGAAGCUUACAAGCAGGUAUGAAGUCAACAGCCCUUCCCUGUUCAUGAUGGAAAUGUUGGCUGUUAGAGGCACCAAUUGCUCUGGAUUCCCGAGGGCAGCUGGGACAUAGAGCAGAGGAAGCUGCCUUAUAUUGAGUCAGACCAGAGGUCUAUCUAACUAUCUUAUCUAUUGUUUACAUGGAUUGGCAGCAGCUCUUCCCACCCUUACCUGAAGAUGGCAGGGAUUGAACUUGGACCUUCUGUGUGCAAAGCAGAUGCCUUACCCCUGAACGGUGCUCCUUACCCAAAGCUGAUGGACGGUUAAAUCAGUUUUAAGUUUGUGGUGUAAUAUGCUCUUAGUAUGAUGAUUUUGGCCCUUAUUCCUGCUUCCUCUCUUCUCUUGUUCCUUUUCCUUGGUUUUUCCUGUCUGGCUCUCUGCUUGUUGUUGUCCCUCCUCUUUUUCACACUCGCAUAUGCCAGAUAAAGCAUAUUCCAACAUGCAUUUGAAGUACAUUACUUCCCCAAAAGAAUCCUAUACGUAGUUUCCCCCCUGACAGAGCUACCAUUUCCAGAACUCUUUAAAAACUACAGUUCCCAGCAGCCUUUGGGGGAAGCCAUGCCCUUUAAACAUGCAUGGAAUAUGCUUUAAAUGUGUAGUGUGGAACUGUCCUCCCUUCCUUUCCUCUGGCUCCCUUCUUGGUGGCUGAGACUCACAUCCCAUUGUUGUCCUGGGCUGGGCUGAGCAGCGCUACAUCCUCAGGGAGGUCUUCCUGCUCCAUCCUUUCCUUUUCAACUGGCUCACCUUCUAGCCAGACUGCCAACACCACAGGACACUGGAGACGACUCCUCCCUGAACUCUCAUCACAGUAGCUUAGCCCCCCCACCCUGACGUUGCAGCAGCUGGGAUUGGGGGAUUGGAACCUGGCUCUCCCCAGACUCUAACCAUUGCACCAUACUGCUGCUGCUUUUCCUCAGGUGUGCCACUUGGGAGCUGUGGUAAGUCUAAUGGGAAGUAGGGAACUGAACACCAUUACAAUCACCUGUUCCUUUCGGCUUAGUUAAAAGCAGCAGGCAAGGGCUUGGCAGUUGCCCAGCCACCACCAAAGGACUCCCUCCCUCAGAAUAGGGCCCCCAGGCCAACUUUUAAGAUUGAUGGUUUCCCCAGAUCAAUAGGUAAGUGAAACCCCAGUAUUCAAGGAGAGAACAAUACCACCCCACCUCCCUCAGACAUGCAAAAUAACCUGAGGGGUGUGUGGAGAUACUUGCCGUCUGCUUUAGAGGAUUGCAUUUGAAACAUAGCCAUCCCAGGGUGAAACUCAUUGUCUUUCUGUUGCAAAUUGAGGAAGGACCUCGCCCUUUAAAACAGGGGUCAGCAACCUUUUUCAGCUGUGUGUCCCUCAGACCAUGUGGUGGGCUGGACUAUAUUUUGGAGAGAGAAAAAUGAACGAAUGAACGAAUUCCUAUGCCCCGCAAAUAACCCUGAGGUGCAUUUUAAAUAAAAGGACACAUUCUACUCAUGUAAUAACAUGCUGAUUCUUGGACCAUCUGUGGGCCGGAUUGAGAAGACGAUUGGGCCGCAUCUGGCCCCUGGGCCUUAGGUUGCUUACCCCGCUUUAAAAUGAAGAGUAAAUCUUGGCUGCUGCUAAUGAGAAUCAAAAGGCAGGUGGUUGUUUUUUUGUUUUUUAAUAUAUUUUGUUAAGGUUUUUGGAGGUCAGUUUAAGAUGGCUUUAGAGGAGGAUUAGGCUGUGAUCGGCUCCUGGUUACCAGUCAUGAUGUAUGCUAUCUCCAGGAUCCUUUGAAUUCCACUCACUAGGGAACAACGCCUUCAGAGUGCUGCUGCUUUCAUGUCCUACUUAGCAGGGUGCCUGGUUGGCUGCUGUGGGAGUCUGGGUUGCUGGACUGGAUAAGGCUCUGGCCUGGUCUAGUUCAGCAUCAGGUUCUCACAGUGCUAUGGGAAACCCGCAAACAGGACCUGAACGCAGCAACACUCUCCCCACUUGUGGCACCCAGCAACUGGGAGUGACACUUUCGCAAUCCUCAUGCCUGUCCCACACUAACCGAUGGAUACUGUUUUGUGCUUGGUGACGUAAGGUGCAGGAAGGAUGGGGCAUAGCCAAGUAGCAAGGGAUGUGCUGUAGGUAGCUCAGUGUACCUCCUUUGCAUACAGCAGCCCCCUGGCAUGUCCAGCAAGAGCUGGGAGGGUCUCCUGGUCUGAAAUUGUAGCUAGCCACUGGUAGUACGUGUUGACAAUACUGAUCUAGUUAGACCAAUGGUCUGACUUGGUUUCCUCUGCACAUUUUCCCAGACUGUGUGUGGCUUUGCACAAGCCCCAGCCCCUUGUCUGUUUAUAGUGGUGUUGUUAGGGAAGAUAAUUUUGUUUGCACUUGUUAUUUGGGCAUAUAAAGCCAUGAAUGGCUUGGGAACCAGGUAAUUGAAAGAUCACAUGCUCCAGUAUCGGCCAUCUUGGACACUACGAUUGGCAGACGAGGCCUUGUUGGUGGUGAUGCCACCAGGGGCUGCUUGGCUGGUGUUGACCUGUGACAGGCCCUUUCUGGUGGUGGCUCCCUUUUUGUGGAAUGCCCUCCCUCUCCGGUGAGGUGUUUCUUGCUUUCAGAAGCAGUUUGAAAGCUUUCCUGUUUAUAGGCAUUUGAUGGCUGAAGGAUACUGUUCCUGACAACCCUGAGACCAUGAGAUGAGAGAAUGCUUUUAAUUGUUUUUAGAAUGUCUUAAUGAUAACUGUUUCUGGUAUUUUUAACUGCAUUUGUUUUUAGAAUGCUCCAUGAUUCCAGAAUGGUGAUACCCAAAUUGGAUAUAUUUCUGUUUCAGAGAACUGUUUCCGUAUUGAUUUCUCUGUGGACCUGCUACAAGUGCGUUAUAGGUUUCAGAGUAUUUUAAGGUACGUGCUGAGCUCAUAGGAAACACUGCUCCAGGCUAUUGGGGACUGUUACCUCAUGUGAACUCAGAGGCACCCCUUCCACCCUGAUCACAGGAGAUCAGGAAUCCAGCUGUAUUUCUGAGAUGUUUCUCCAUUAUUAUUUAUCUCAUUGGUAAAUCCCUUCGGGAUUCCUUGGAACAAGGUUUGAAAAGCACCUCUCUAGGCUACAAAGGAGCCCAUGCUGCUUCUCAGUGGGGUUCUGUGUGAUGCUUGGAAAUGCAGCUGGACCUUUCAGUAGUGAGAAGUGCAGAUUUAACUCAAAGGUGGCCAAGUGAUUUUAUCUUUUAUGCAUUGCUUUUUAUGCUCAGGAAAUGGAGCUGGAAACUGUGACUCAUAAAUUUUAUAAAUAAAAAAAAAAUACAAGGGCAUGAACUCUCUUCCAGUUGUGGUUUUGGUGAUGAAGCAGGAAUAAAAUCAUAGCCUGGGCACAUUUGCAAUGCAUUUCAUUCUGAACAUGAUUUUAGCAGGCAUUGCAGUAAUAUUUUUUCUUUUCUGCAAAUUCAUUUUUGUGUGAAUCAAAAGUGCAUCAGCAUGGAAGCAGUUUCUCCCUUCCAGCGCUCAGGUAGCCCUGUGAUCGACAUUGGGGUGUGCUGCUUUCAGGCUAACAGGAUGUACUUUGUUAUACACUGAAUGUACACUGGGAUAGCUCAGUUGGUAGAGCAUGGGACUCUUAAUCUCAGGGUCGUGGGUUUGAGCCCCAAGUUGCACAAAACAUUCCUGCAUUGCAGCGGGUUGGGCUAGAUGACCCCCGGGGUCCCUUCCAGCUCUACAAUUCUGUGAUUUACUAGAGCAGUCUUUCUCAACCUGUGGGUCCCCAGAUCCCAUCAUCCCUGAGCUCUGGCCUUGCUAGCUAGGUGUGAUGGGAGUUGUAGUUCAACAACAACUCCCAUCACCCCUAGCUAGCAAGGCCAGAGCUCAGGGAUGAUGGGAGUUGUAGUCCAACAACAUCUGGGGACCCACAGGUUGAGAACCGCUAUACUAGAGCAUUGAGAUCCAUCAGUCAAAGCCAAGUUUAAAACAGCGGCCAGAGGGUUGGGGCCAGGUACAAGUUUGCCUCUGAAUACAAGUUGCUGGGGAUUGCCAGUGUCUCUCUUAGAUCUUGGGAUGCAGGCUUCCCGUCUCCUUUUGGUUGGUUACCAUGAGAACAGAAUGCUGGACUAGAUAGGUCUUUGGUCUAAUCCAACAGGGCUGCUCUUACCUUCUUAAAUGGUACCUUGUGUGGCUCCAAUUAUCUCCUGCACCCCAAGAGGCCACCCACUGAGUUAACUUGCAUUGGCAAGUACAGAUCUACAUCUGAGUUGCUGCAGAUCAUAAUUCCUAUCACAAAACCAAAAUUGGCCAGCAGGGCUGCACUAAGACGAGGUCAAAAGCAGCUGAUGAAUACACCUAUUUUACAGGUGAGGCACACUGAAGCCGAGAGAUAAGUGGUUAGCCAUCUCAGAGAUUUUUCUUUUAAAUAACAUUUUCCAUUGUUCAACUACUGGAAGUCAGAAACACUUGCAGAUAUACUGCAAGUCACUGAGUAAUCUGCCAGUAGAUCCUACUCUUACCUUGGACUCACCCCUGAUCUGAGUGGUCUUAGCAAGGCCGUCACAAACAGCAGAGUUGUCCCACCUGCUUGGAACAGGUUGCUGAAAAUAUUUGCUGGUCAGGGUGGCCGUUUUUGUGUUCAUCCCUCUUCCCUCUUGGGCUCAGUAUGAGUGCGAAAUGCUGUCAGCUCCAGUCACCUCACUGACAAGUAUAAAAUUGUGGUUAAAUGCUUGACAAAACUGAAAGAGAGAGAGAGAGAGGAGGGGGAAAAUUAGGAAAAUUACUCAUUCUUGGAAAGAGUGCACAAAAGUGACUUUUGGUUCAUGUAAGCGAAGAUGCUGAGGAGACCUCGAGUUUCAGUUUACUUCAUACCAUCUGGUGGUGUUCUCUCUCCCCCCCAAAUUUCCCCCCUGACAAGUAUUUGGCACCAGAAUAUGCAUCCCGUUGCCCCCCUAGAAUAGCAGGCUUUUAGCACUGUAGGGCAUUAGCGUUUUCAUUCUGAAGCAGUUUAAGGGGGGGACGGACUUGUAGAGAAUCCUCCGUUGGGACUGGCUUUGUGAAGUGAAUGCAAGGGGCAGGCCUUUGCAGCUGUAACCUGGCUUGUGUUAAAAAUUGGAAAGGCUGCUUUGCAUUCCAUCUCGCUACAGGCCUUCCUUGGUGUACAGCCAAAGGUUAAUAUAGAUGUCGCAAAGUUUCUCCCUCCCCGCCCCAACCCCCCACUUCGGAGAGCUUCAGAUAUAAGAGUAUGUGUACAGCUGUGUUUGUAGUAACCCUUUCAUAAUCACACUUCUUAAACUUGCAUUUCCCGGCUUGUAUAAAUGAAAAGAAUUUCUGAAGGGAUAUUUGACCUGCGUUUGAACUUAUUUGAUCUUCACGUAUUUCCCACUUGAAACAAAGCAGAUUAAAUCUUGGCCCUGAGAAGGCCUGUCGAGGAUCACAUGAUGUGGUCCAUACAUCAGGGUAAAUACACUUCCCCCCCCUCUUUCUCCCUCCUUUUUUAAACGUCUCUGGCUGUUUUGAGAAGUGGGUCAUUUUAUGCUGAGAUUUAUAAACCCGCUCAAAGUCUCAAAGCAAAGCAACACCAGUGUUCCUUAGGGACCUGUAAGAAUAGCUCCCACAACAGCAAUCUUAAUAAGGAUAUGCAAAAAGGCACUUCUGUAUGUGGAUGUAUAAAAGUGUUUGAAAUUGCCUGUCAAAUCGUCUCUCAUUAAAAGUUUGCUAAAAAAAAAAGCUGCAAAGUUUUCUUUGAAGAUGCUUGUGCAUUACAACCUCUAGAUGUUCUAGAACCUUUGAGAGACUCCCUCUUCCCCUGCUUUGUCCCCCCCCCCCCCAGCAUUUUAAUUUGAUGUAUAGGCAGCACUGUCAAGCAUUGAAUGGACCAUAGAAAUUGACGUGGGACACGGCCGGGCCGAUGGGUUCUAUAGCAUGUGUGUCAAAUAAAAAUAUCAGGUGGUGUGAUGUUUUUCAGCAAGGUGGAAGGGUGAUUAUUUAUAGCGAUACGAAGGAUAAAGGGGAAAUGGAAAACGUAUGUUCCGAAAUCCAGAUCUAGAGUGGUCUGUGUAUGUGUGUGUUGCAGGUGGGGGUCUGCGUGCUUUUAGUUACGUUCCUGAAAUAUCUCCUUUCUCUCUAGCAUUUCGCAUCAGGAGGCUUUGAAAACCUCUUUGGGUUGGGAAGCAUUCAAACUACUUGACUUUUUUUUAAAGGGAGCUGCAUAUGUGCAUAGGCUUGUAAUUAAAGUACCAGGACAAGUGGUUAAGUGCAAUAGGCCUCAGGAGGAAUAUUGCAGAGGGAGUUGUUUUCAGGCUUGCAAGCCUGCUUUAGUAUAUAUCAUCGCUAUGCACGAGAGAUUCAGAACAGGUCCUCUAGCACGUGUAUGUGAUGUUGUGUAUAUAUGAUUGACAGGGGGUGUUUUAUUUAGUUCUUUUUUAAAAAAACAGUUUCCUAAUCAGGGACAAAAUCCAAAGCAAAGACUGCAAUUCAGUUGCUUUCGUCUUAGGAUCUCCUUCAUUCUGAAUAUCAAAGUGUUCGGUUAACAGUUGUAUUUAGGAACCUCUACCACUGAAAUUAAGCAUUAAUUAAUUAAUUAAUUAAUUAAGCAUUAAGCAUUAAUGCUUAUAUCUGAUCUUUAGAUGAUGCUAUAAUAUUUUGGUAUGUUACAAGGGGUGGGGGCAGAGGACAUGUAAUUUAUUUGUGACAUAUUAUGUGUUCUUCCCGACACAAACAAUUAAAAAAAGUUAAGAGUGGUGGCCAACUAAGUUUUACUCAGAGUAAACCCAUUGAAAUCAAUGGACCUAAGUUAGGGAGCAAUCCUGAGCUCAGAUCUGCUGGGAUGAGUAACUCCAGAUCUCAUGGCUGAAUCCUGGCUCAGCUGGGCAACGCUAACGUAAGCUCCUGCUGAGCCAAGACCAGCAGAUUGUAAGAAUUCUGGGGGAGUGGGGAGGAUAGGAGUGAAGCCGGGGGGGGGGGGGGCGACCUUAUGUUAGAUCCUAAGCCUGUUCAUCUUGGUCACGUGACUUGACAACCUAGCAUGAGUUCUGCCAGCAAUGGAAGUCCGUGGGGAGGCUCUGCAGAAAUCUGUAGAAAUUUCAGCUCAGGCUCACCUGUAAUCAGGGCCGUCUUUACCCGGGGGUGCAAGGGGUGUGGGGCACCUGGGUACUGAAUUCUGGGGGGCGCCAGGCACCGCCGCUGGGAGGAGCAAAUGCAAAAACUGCAAAGGCAACCCUUGGGCGGUAGCGCAAGAGAAUGCAAUGUCGCUGUGAUGGCCUGGCAUUUGGAGUCGGAUGCUGAACCUGAGGAAUCCCAGACUGCACAGGAUUCCCCGCCUCCAGAACCAGCUGAGCCAGGGCCGGGGCAUGAGCCUGAAGGGUCCUCACCUGCGCUGGAUCCUCAGGUGCAGGCACCAGCUGAGGCUGCUCUGGCUCCUGAGGUGAUGGAGGACCCAUUGCCUGCAGGUGCUCCACUCUCAGCCCCGUCAGAGGAAGCUGAGGUUGCCUCUGGGUCUGAUAACCCUCCAGCCUCUCCUGGGCUGCAGAGGCUUAGGGCAGAGAGGCGGAGGAAACUAAGUUCCCACAGGAGGAGUGCUCGCCUCUAGGCCAGGAGAGGCGAGUCACCUGUGGACCGGGGCUGCCCCAUGCCUCGGGGCAGAUAAAAGCCGGCCAGCCCCAGUCCCAAGUUGCGGAAGCAACGUUGUUGGUUGCCAGUUCCUGCCUGAACCCUGCCUCAGCUUUUACGGACUGCCUUCAUAUUGCUCCUUCGACCUCGUACUGGACUUGGACCUUGCCUCUCGAUCUACCCACGGGACCAGCACAGUCGCUGCUGCAGAGUCUUGACAAGACAAACCCUGCCGGGUUCCCGACCCCCUUAGAAGUUUGGCCUCCCCCUCGAAGGGGAAACUCAGGAGGCUGCUGCCUUUCGCUGGUGGCACUGGAGCAGGAACGCACUUCUGUCGGGCCUGGCGGCGGAGCGCAGCGACCUCAGGGCUACUGGUGAUGGGGGGCUCUGGGUGGAUCUUUGCACCCCAGCGGUGCAUAUGCUAAAGACUACCCUGCCUACAAUGCUUCAAAAGAGGACUCAGGAUCCGCUGUAAUUCAUGACAAAUUGCACAGUGGCGAAGGCAGCAGGAUAUAAACUGAGCAUGCUCCAGUUGCAGCUCACUUCAGUUUGUGCUUCCCGCAGUGCGGCAUGCUGCCUCAAGAGCGCCUUGUGCAGGGAUGUUGCACUCGAGAGAGGAGCUCUGGUCAAAGGCACUUUGCUCCUGGAGCACACUGCACAGGCACAGGGCACUUGGAGCACUUGUCAGAGACCACACUCAGAAAUGGGGAAUGGACAAGGCCUUCGUGCUAACAGCUCUCUCCCAAGCUUCUCUUCCCAGCAGAAAUGGCAGCAGCAGUAACUGCUGCACCCUGGCAAUUCAGCACCUCCAGCAACCACUCACGGGGAGGAGCAGCCAUGGAGACAGAAAACCAGGUCAGUCUGAGAGGAGGACGCACCACCCUGACCCCAAAUGCCACUCACAACACGCCCCCAUGCCCCUGGUCCCUUUGCGGGAUGCGGAAACUCACCAGCACCAUAAUACAUGUGCUGUGGAAUCCAUUUGCAGGGGAUCUGGCACCACGGAUGGGGUGGGAAAUAGAGGGGUCAGGUGUGUGUGUGGGGGGUAGGCACCUGCAACUGUUAGCCCCCAUUCUCAUUCCGCUGUGUGAUUGCCUUGCAGAUGCUCAGCUGUGGAAGAGGUGGCAGCACCGCCGCCACCUGCUGAUGGGAUCCAGGAAGGAGCGCCACAACCGCAGGCAGGUAAGGGAUGCAGCAGACACAGCUCUGAAGAUCUGCCUCUCCAUUCCACGACUCUGUGCUUUGUAGGAGCCAGUUCCUCUGCCUCAGCGGAAGGGGCACUGACCAACUUGCAGACCACAAGCCCAACACAGGGGCACCCUCCAUAAAUUUGGUGUGCUCCCUCCCCAUUAUGUGGGAGGGGGAUAGCCACUGUUGGCUGAUGCACCAAUAGCACUUGAGGACACCCUCUCAGUUCUCACCCCUACUCCUCUCACUGUCCCUGCUGCGCCAGGCUCAUAGUUCACAGGCUGCAAGUCAACAGGUCUGCACCCACCAUGGAUCCCCCCUCAAGCAGAGAGGAAGUCCUGUGACUGAGACCGAACCCAACUCCUCACCUUGGCAGGAGGGGGACCCCACUGUCGUGGUUUGCAAAUAAAGACUGAAUGUUUGCAACUGUCUGCUCUGUCUCUUGUUUAUUCAUCUAUAUUGACUGCUACAUUAAUUGGCAGUUGCUGUUCAGGGUUUCAGACACUGCUCUUUUCCGCCCCUAUCCGGAGAUGGAGGACGUUGAACCUUGGCUCUUUUGCAUGUAAAACUCAGUCUUUUCUUAUGAGCUAUGGAUCUCUCCUCCUAGAUGCUAAAGGAGAAGAUGAGGCUUGCAAAAAACCCUCUCUCUAUAGCCAAUGAUUAAUGCUUGACUCUGGGCUGUUACUCAUUUUGCACAACCUCAGUAUAUGGCUGGGUUAACUGUUAUGCUAAACGCUCUGCAGAGUAGGGCCCUAUUCAAAGAGAUACCCUUUUUGCCUUGGUGAGUCAUGCAUUUCAUUGCUAUCUUUUUAGCUGCUGGGCAUGGUAAGCAGAAAUCUGUAGGAAGGUAGCUGAAAAGUAAGACAAAAAAAACCUUAUUUGCUAGAAACAAUAGCAAAAUCCCUCUCCAGAUUUCUGUUUGUGCAUGCAAAGAAACCAGUAUUUACACUGAUGUAUUUAUCUAAUGUUCUGGGGUUGUAACCAGCAAUGUAGCACCUAGCUGAUGCUCCACUAGCCAGUUGACUCUAGUGCAUUUUGAAUGAAGCUAUAUGGUCUGUUUGGAGAUCUCUCUCCCUCCACAUUCCCCUUUUGUAGCCUCUCCCAGCUCAAGGCCUUGGAGGAAAAGUGACUGCUUGUGACAUGUUAAUGAGGUGUUAAUAGCUCCAAGUGAGGUGCGAAUAGUUGCUGAAAUAGUCUUAAUGGCAGCUGCAUGGACCUUAUACUGUAGGUGGGGAAGAAGAAGAAGAAAGACCAAAAUGUCUUUCAUUUCCCAGAAGAUGGAAGAAGCAACAAGGGGAGCAUCUUUCUUGGACCUGGUCCUCUCUAACAGGGAGGAACUGAUUGAUGAAGUGGAAUUACUGGGAACCUUGUGAGGAAGUGAUAAUGUUCCCUUGGGUUUCAUUCUAUAAAGGCAAGGGAAAGCUGAGUGUAGUUGAACAUGCACUCUGGAAUUUAAGAAGACUGAUUUCAAAAAGCUUAAGGAAUUACUGGGUAAUCUCAGAGACUCUGUCUAUCAUCUUUGAGAAUUAUUGGAAUACAGGUGAGGUCCAUCUUCAAAAAAGGCGAAAAGAAGACCCAGGUAACUAUCAACCAGAGAAGGUGGUGUUGAGACCAGGAAAGGUCAUUGAGCAUAUAGCUAAACAGUCGGUCUGUGAGCACUUAAAAAAGGAUACCUUGAUUACUAAGAACCAACAUGGGUUUCUAAGCUGCAACUACAGAAGUACAGUGUCCUGAUCAAGGGAAGUAAUAGUACCACUGUAUUCUGCCUUGGUCAGGCCACACCUGGAAUACCCUGCCCAGUUCUGGGUGCCACAAUUUAAGAAGGAUAUUGACAAGCUGGAACAUAAAGAGGAGGGCAACCAAGAUGAUCAAUGGUCUGGAAACCCUUGGGGAAUGGUUAAGGGAAUUGGGUGUGCUUAGCCUGCUAAAGAGGAGACUGAGAGAAGAUAUGAUUGCCAUCUUCAAAUAUCUCAAGGGCUGUCACAUGGAAGAUUGAGUAAGUUUGUUUUCUCCUAUUCUGGAAGGUAGGACCCAAACCAAUGGCUUCAGGUUACAAGAAAGGAGAUUCCAACUUAACAUCAAGAAUAACUUUCUGAUGGUAAGAGCUGUUUGACAGUGGAACAGACUCCCUCAGAAGGUGGCGGACUCUCCUUCCUUGGAGGUGCUUAAGUAGAGGUUGGAUGGCCAUCUGUCAUGGAUGCUUUAGUUGAGAUUCCUGCACUGCAGAUUUGAAGUACAGCAGCUGAUAGGAAGUGGAAGUUACAAAUAUAAUGGGUAAAAUAUAAGUAAUAUAGCAGCUUUGUAAGGUAAGAAACGAACACCAUGGAAGGCUGGAUGGGAAGUCGAUGCAUAUGAUAUGUUCUGACGGUUGUUUAAAAGAAUUUGAAAAGCUAAAAAAAAAAUGUUGAAAAAGAGUUUCAUGAACUUCAGGGGGUUGGGCUAGAUAACCCUCGGGGUGCCUUCCAAGUCUACAGUUCUAUGAUUCUUUAACAGGAGGGCAUGUGCCACUGCUGUUUACAUGGAAGAUGGCAAGGAGGAGAUCCAUUGCGCAUGCCUUUGGGGCACAGAGACGCAUUGUUGAGCAUCCAAAUGCACUGAAUACUUGAUUUUGCGAGGCAGUUGGUCAAUCAGAUCUGGCCAAGGGUACUUUCUAAGGGCAUUCCAAAAAGUGUGAACCUGUCGACUUCGUUAGAUCACCAGAAACCAGAGCUCUGGGAGCAGGAGCUGCUACAGAGACCCUCAUCAAGGCCUGUGGUUUAAGAAGCCCCGAAGCAAGUCUUGCAAUGUACAGCCCAAAAGGAAGGCCCCUCUUGAAACCCACAACAUGUGUUCUUACGGUGCGGCCAUUGCUGUUGACGAACAACAUACAUUUUGACAUCUCUGUGUGUGCAUAAGCACACCGGCUGUCUUUGGAGAGUGUGGGCAGCUGGAGCAGGUUGCUCUUAGUCACUGCAGUGGUGAAGUGACUGUUUUACACCAAUUUGGGGAGCAGUUUUAUUCCAAGACGCACAGAGGUCUAAUUUGGCCGUUUUGUUCUUCUCUCCAUUGUUGCUUGUUCAGCUGCUUUUAAAGCACACACACACACACACACACGCGCGCGCGCACACACACACACACACACACACACACAGACAGAGACAACUUUCUGCCUUUUCUUAAUAAAAAUUGCAUCCAGUUUGGGACAUCUUGUGGGGGAAACGGUACAGAGUUGAGAGGUGGGGAUGAAUGCAACUGGAAAGAUUAAUUUUUUAAAACGCUUCUAACCAUUAAAGCCUAGUCAGGGGCUGUUGACAGAUGCCUUUUUAAACGGGACACUGUUAUGCUUUAGUUUAAUAUAUUCUGGCAGUGUCAGCGAGGUUAAGGCUAAUACAGAGUUGUGCGGAUCCUGUCAGGAGGAAUGUGGGGAUUACAUUUAAAAGGGGGUGGGUGGGGUGAGCCACGCAGCUGUGUACACUUAUUACAAAAAAGGGGGUUAAGUCCCACCGCUAGAAUCAAUAUAUUAAAUUGCAAGGGCCUUUGUUUUUAAUUAGUCAAAAUAAAGUAUGCUGUUAUAGCUGUUAUGGCUUCUCUCCUUGAACCGCAGUGAGGAAAUGCUAAUAUUUAUACUGAAACUGUUAAUUUGUGGCUAAAACAAUAACAUGUUUAGUUUUUACACAGCUCAGUGCGUCUUAAUGCACAAGAUGCCCAAGAGUGGCUGAGAUGACAGAUUGGAAUCAGCUGAGUGAAGGAAUAAGGCAGAGUGUUUAACAGUGGCCAGGUGGAAUAUUUUAGCUAGUAAUGCACCACAUUCGGCAAUAAUGGUAUAUCUCCCCCCGCCACCUUUCUUUUUUCCUAAACCCUUCCUGUCACACACUUGACUUAUUUCAAUAAUGUUCAUCCGGGAUUGACUUAAUUGUGUCCAUUUUAGUCUUUCAAGAAACAAACGAAGGGACCACUUUAGAAAUAAAUUUUAAAAAAUCCAUUCUAUGGGACUUCUAAUGAGUAACACAUACACACAAGAGACUGCAUCCCUCUAAGUUUUACUCAGAGUAGACCCAUUGAAAUGAAUGGACUGAUUUAGUCACAUCCAUUCAUUUCAAUGGGUUUUCACUGAGUGUUCCUAAACCCAGGAUCAGGAUGCGGGAACUGAUUCUUUAAUGCAAGGGUGGGGUGCUGCAGAUGUUUUUGGCUCCCAGCAAGGAUGGCCAGUAGUUGAGGAUGAGUUGCAGCCCAUCAACAUCUGAAGGGCCACAUGUUCCCCCUCCUGGCUUCGGUGUUGCUUUAUAGUCUGCAAACUCAUUAAAAGUUAGGUAAGCACCUGUCUGAAAGAGCAAGCACCAUUGCUCAUUAGCAGCAGAACGAAAACUGACCUUGACUUUAGUUAGGUAAAGGUAAAGGUACCCCUGCCCGUACGGGCCAGUCUUGACAGACUCUAGGGUUGUGCACUCAUCUCACUCUAGAGGCCGGGAGCCAGCGCUGUCCGCAGACACUUCCGGGUCACGUGGCCAGCGUGACGAAGCUGCUCCGGCGAACCGGCACCAGAGCAGCACACAGAAACGCCGUUUACCUUCCCGCUAUAAAGCGGUACCUAUUUAUCUACUUGCACUUAAGGGUGCUUUCAAACUGCUAGGUGGGCAGGAGCUGGGACCGAACGACGGGAGCUCACCCUGCUGCGGGGAUUCGAACCGCCGACCAUGCGAUUGGCAAGUCCUAGGCGCUGAGGUUUUAUCCACAGCGCCACCCGCGUCCCUUUGACUUUAGUUACACAAGCAUAAAUCCUGCAUUAUUCUAAUUGAACCAUAUUUUCACCCAAUACAACUGGAGUAGGCUACAGCCAAGAUCCUCACAAGGAAAAGGCUAGCAUGUGGUAGCUUGUUGUUAUGGUUGGCCUUGGAUUAAAUACCCAGUGAAAGAGUGCAACCUUGGGCAUUAUUUUGAAAUUCAGGCCGAGUGAGAUGGCAAUGAGAAUGGACCAUUUCACUUAAUCAUGUUCUUAGGUGUCUAGAGCAAAGGAGAGAUGUUUUAUGUUUGUGCAUAAUUUGGUGUUACGGUAGUAGUUUUCCUGUUCACUUCUGGGACCUCUUUUGUUUAUUGAUUCAUAUUUGGUCUGCUGCAUCCCCUGUGCCACCUCCUGUACUGUCCCAGCUUGGCCCCAACCUUCUGGAGCAGUUUUUUGGCGUGUGCAGGGAUCUAAAUGGGGAAAUGGGCAAAAGUUGCCUGCCAUUCCGCCGGCAGGAGCAAAGUCUUGAUCCAAGCCGUAGUAGCUAUUUGUUGCAUUGAGAUACAUUAUGUGCCUUUGAAAAUUGUAAGUACGAAAAUCAGUGUGUUAAGGAAUGGUUGACGGUCAUUAGUUUCGGAAUGGUAAAUUUAGGGAUGAUGUACGACUAUUCUCUCUACGUUGGUCUGACAAAAUAGUUCUUAGGUAUUUUAACAUGCCGAUGUGCCUGUAGUUUUUAAAAGAAGAAUUACAGUGGUACCUCGGGUUAAGAACUUAAUUCGUUCUGGAGGUCCAUUCUUAACCUGAAACUGUUCUUAACUUGAGGUACCACUUUAGCUAAUGGGGCCUCCUGCUUCUGCCGCGCCGCCGUCCUACGAUUUCUGUUCUCAUCCUGAAGCAAAGUUCUUAACCCGAGGUACUAUUUCUGGGUUAGUGGAGUCUGUAACCUGAAGCGUCUGUAACCCGAGGUACCACUGUAUGUGCAAUAUUUUCUUGACUUUCUUGUUUAUUUUUAAAUAAAAAUGCAUGUUAUAUAUAUUUACCAAUGUGCGCGAGGCACGUGCAGCCUAAGUAGUUCACGAUGCUUGCUAAAAUGAAGCUCAGCUAUCACUCAGAACUCUUAAUUGUUAGUUCUUAAAGAGGAGGGCUUUUCCAGCUGGCAUAGCCCUUUCCCCUCGGGCAGAGUGGAAUAAUUGUCUUUGCAGCUGCCCCAGGGAAGUCAGCUAUAAACGCAGCAUGAAAUCAGUCCUGUUGCCGAAUCCCCAGAACAUAUAUUAGUGCAAUCCCUCUUUCAUAAUGGCAUAGGAACAAAGGAAGCGGCCUUCCACUGAUUCAGACUGUUUCUCUGUCUUGUUCAUUAUUGUCCGAACUGACUGGCAGCAGCUCUCUGGGGGUUUAGGCAAAGGUCUUCUCUGGCUCUACCUAGAGGUACUGGGGAUUGAACCUGGGAUCUUCUGUAUGCAGAGCAGAUGCUCUACCCCUGAGCUGUGGCCCUUCACUCUGCACUCUCCACUGGCCUUUGGUCUGUGCUGAAGUGCCACGGCUACCUGGGGAAAGGAGGGUGAGCUUCCAUCAGCAUAGAAGGGCCUGGCCUGGAUGAGAGCCAGGAAGAAGUAACUCUAAUAUGAUCUUCCAGUUAGAACUUCUUCAUCACUGAAGCUUUCCGCUCCAUCUGGGGAACAGACCAGAAGUCCUUAAAUGCUUUGGGUUAGGGGGCUUCAGGGUCUGGUUGUAGGUAGUUCUGAGCUCUUGUAGUUCUCUUCUUAUAACCACAAAUCCCUAUUAUGGAGUCCAACACAAAUUAGAGCCCCACAUUCUCCUUUUGGCCUUUGGUACCUUCUUGCUAAGUGGAGCAAAACCUCCAAACAAUGGCUUAUCUAGUCGCUCAGAACAAUUAUGGUCUGCAGUCCUCCUUAGGACUGGGACAUUUCAGAAUGUUGCUUCAAAUGCCUAGGGAACAUGGGAAGGUUGCUUAUACCAGGUCCAUCUUAUUCUAGUAUUGCCUAGCAUUGGGGUGGGAAGAAGGUAGGUUGGGAAUUUAGAGUAGAUCUUUGGGUGAUUUGCUGUAGGUCGGCUGGACUUUUGGUUUCCAGUUGUUGAACAAUAGAACAACCAAGUAGACUUCUGAAACAAAGAAAGCUGGGGCAGGAGUGGGAAGUGUGGAGUUUUCUGUUCAAAGACUAGGAGUCAUGGAAUCACAGAGUUUGAAGGAACCCCGAGAGUCAUCUAGUCCAAUCUCCUGCAAAGCAGGAAUCCCAACUAAAGCAUCCAUGGCAGAUGGCUGCCCAACCUCUGCUUCAAAAUCUCCAAGGAAGGAGAGCCGACCACCUCUCAUGGGAGUCCAUUCCACUGUUGAACGGCUCUUAUCAUCAUAAAGUUCUUCCUGUUUAGUCGGAAUCUCCUUCCUUGUAACUUGAAGCCAUUGGUUCAAGUCCUACCUUCCAGAGCAGGACCUCAGUUCUAGGGCCAGAAACAAAUUAUAUGACAGAGCCAUGUGCUCCAAAGUAGCCCACACCAGUUCUGUAUCUGGCUCCUGAGCCACUGUUUUUCACUUGGGUCUGGUUGUUGGCUUUUGAGGUUCUAGCAGAAACCAAAGUAGAUUCUGUAAUCCUGAAAUCUCUCUCCCACCCACUAGGCUAGCAGCUGCUGUCCAAAGUCUCAGGCAGAACCUUACUGUCUGAAAUAGCUUUUACUGGAGAUGCCCAGGAUUGAGUUCAGGACUUAUAAAAGCAUGCGCUCUACCACUGAUCCAUAGUCUUCUCUAUGAAAACUUCCCCAUGCCUAGAAAUGUUAGCAUGUCAGGCAGAAAGCUAGACAUGUUUCCCAUAACACUCUAGCUUUCCAGAGGCAGUGUUGUUGUUGUUUUAAUAUGGAGAUUCCCCACAACUAUAGUUUGCUGCCCCGCAAGGUCUCUGAACAUGUAGAUCAGGUCUGCGUGCUCUAAGCUCCAAGUUCCAGUGUAAUUGCCUUAUUGUUUUGGAACCAAGAUGUUUAUAAUCUGGUUCCUGUGCAAACAUGCUGAAUGUGUGUUAAUGUGUUUCAAAACCAGACCCCCUCAGCAAAAUCUCUGCUUUUCAUUAAUUGACAUCAGUAGCACAUGGUACAGUAUUUCAAAGUGCCGGCCAAAUCUGAGCUGUGUUUCUAAUUUCCUUACUUUCCUGUGUUUGGAAUGCCAAUGUUAAUUUGUUCCCAUGGAAGAGCGAGCGCUGCCAACCAUCGCUUUAAGUAAAUGGCUUUGCAGCGCAGGGCUGCCAACGCUAAAUGAUACUUGGGGGAGAUUCCUUGGCCGAGCUUGCCAGAUUUUGUACCCGGUGCUGGGAGUGCAAAGCAAGGAUAGGGUGUUUACAAUAUUGGUUACAAGUCUUUGCUUUGAAAGAUUUAGUACAGCAUGCUUUCAAUUUUAAUGAAUAAUCACAAUAAUGAAAAGGGUCGGAUUAGCUCAUUUAACGAAGGACAAAUGCAAAAGAUUUACUGUUUGCACACGUUCCAGGCUGCAUCCAAAGGCAGUGAAACUGAUGGACGGAUCCCUCCCCACAGUUACUUGCAACCUGAUUUCAGUGGCACUGUCUGCAAAGGAAGGGUGUUUGGGGCUUCCCCCUUAAAAGGAAAUGACUACCCACAAAAAUCAAGUCGUCAUUAUUUUAAUUCAUGUUUUACAUCUAUAUACUUCCAAGAGCUUUGAGGUACUUGAUUUUACUUGCUGCGGUAUGCUAACAGGUUCUCUCUGAAGUCACCCUCAGGCAUGCAUGCAGAUCCUUCUUCCCUCCCUCUCCCCACAGUUAUCAGGCAGGUGACCCUGUACAUUUACUCAGAUGUCAGAUGAAGUCAUUAAUGUGCAGACCCCCUCCCCUGAAGUUUAUAUGUAAACCUGCUAUUAAAAGGUAAAGGGACCCCUGACCAUUAGGUCCAGUCAUGGCCGAUUCUGGGGUUGCGGCACUCAUCUCGCUUUAUUGGCCGAGGCAGCCAGCGUACAGCUUCCGGGUCAUGUGGCCAGCAUGACUAAGCCGCUUCUGGCAAACCAGAGCAGUGCACGGAAACGCCAUUUACCUUCGUGCCAGAGCAGUACCUAUUUAUCUACUUGCACUUUGACGUGCUUUCGAACUGCUAGGUUGGCAGGAGCAGGGACCGAGAAACGGGAGCUCACCCCUUCACGGGGAUUCGAACCGCCGACCUUCCAAUCGGCAAGCCCUAGGCUCAGUGGUUUAACCCACAGCGCCACCCGCGUCCCUAAACCUGCUAUUAGGACCAUGCUAAUUAUGUAGGGAAAAGUGUCUGUUCCUUCUUAGAGUCAUUUUCCUGCUAGACUUUUUUCUGCCUCCUGUGACCCUUUUACUUUUUGUUGUGACUUUUAACUAUUAUUGCUUUCCCCCCUUUAUGGCCCUUUGAACCACAAGGGGCCCCAGGGUGCAGCCUGAAGCCACAUUAGACCACCAACUUGCUGAAGCCAAGCAUGUCUUGGUCUUAUCUAUACCUGAAUGAAAGACCACCUGGGAAGCUCGCAUGCACUUUGUGUUCCAUGAUGGAAGAAAAGUGGGAUAUAAAUGUAAGAAAAUAAAUGAGAGUUAACUUUUCAAAAGUUAUCUCACAAAGAGGGCAUGUCCACUCUAUGGACUGGUUUAACGGUCAUUACCUUUCCCUGGAACAGAAGCUAGAGAUCUCUGAGAGUCAGUGUAGACAUUGCUGCAGCCAGCUUCUCCUCCUCCUCCUCCUCCUCCUCCUCCCUCUCCUCCCCCUCCUCCUCCUCCUCCUCCUUCUUCUUCUUCUUCUUCUUCUUCUUCUUCUUCUUCUUCACCCUUCACCAGUACAUCUCAGGAAGGUUCACAACUCUAAAUAAUUGCUUAUUUAUAGUUGCUAGGGCAACCCAGUCAGAUGGGCGGGGUACAAAUAACUUUAUUAUUACUAUCGUUUCAGUGGUUUACUCAUGUAAAGAUUGGGCAUUACAAGAACAUCUCAGACUCCCUCCUUCUCCUCUGACAGAGCUGCAAGGAGGAGUCUGGAUGCUUCCACUUUUGAUAAACCAUAGCUUGCACAAUGGUGCCCAGGCUGGGACAGACUGUGUUAAGGUUGACCAGUGAUCGUUGGAAACAAGCUAACUGUAGUCCAUAGUUUAUGAAACUAUCUUGUUUUGAUUAGCCAAAGUUAAGGGUUCAAACCACAGUUGAUCAAAUGGAAGCAGGAACUUCCGAUCUCCUCACAGCCAUGUCCAAAGAGGAGGGGAGGAGUGGGAGUGCCUAGCCUUGGUAGAGGCUAGAUUCAUUCUCAUAACACAAAACUCUAAACCCUGGUUAUGUCCAGGCACACCUGUUUGCACCUGUAGCAUCUGAAGUGAGAUGCUAUUUCUGUGCAUCUUGGAGUUUUCCUAACCAAUGCGUAAGAACUGCAUUGAGAUAUUUCAUAGAUAUGUUGCUGCUGUGAUCCUCUGAGAGAGUUCUCAUGUAUAUAUAACUGACAAACAGGAAACCUUUCAAAAUGCAACAUUGACAUUGACCCCUACAGAGAAUUCUCCGUAUCCCCACCAAACUACAAUUAUUCCAAUUGUCGGGGGGAAGCAACUAUUAAAAGUUGGAUGAAACUGAUUGGAGUUUUGUAGUGCAGAUGUACAUGUUUUUAAAAAAGGUAAAGGACCUCUGACAAUCCAGUCUCAGACAACUCUGGGGUUGCGGUGCUUAUCUCGCUUUACAGGCCGAGGGAGCCGGCAUUUGUCCGCAGACAGUUUUCCCGGGUCAUGUGGCCAGCAUGACUAAGCCGCUUCUGGUGCAACAGAACACCGAAACCAGAGCAGUGCACGGAAACACCGUUUACCAUCCGGCUGGAGCGGUACCUACUUAUCUACUCGCACUUUUUGGGGCGUGCUUUUGAACUGCUAGGUUGGCAGGAGCUGGGGCUGAGCAAUGGGAGCUCACCCUGUCACGGGGAUUCGAACCAGCAACCUUCUGAUCGGGAAGCCCAAGAGGCUCAGUGGUUUAGACCACAACGCCACCUGCAUCCCAUAUACAUGUUUACUUAUAGGCAAAUCCCACUGUGUCCCGGCACCCAUCAUCUCUGAUCAGGUGGGGCCGAUAGGCGUUGCAUUUCAGCAACAUCUGCAGAGCACCAGAGGUUGGCUGCUCUUGCCCUAGUAACUGUGUUUAUGAUGACUGUGCUAAGCAACACUUGAAGGAUGCUGUAAGGUACAGAUGGCCAAGCUUUGCCAUGACAUAAUGUAAAAGAAAAUAAGGAAAUUGUAGAAGCUCGUGGUUAGUUUUCGUUGUGUGCGCUAUCUCUCUUUUAAAGAUUCAGAGUGUUUUGAUUUGAUGCAUCUCCUUAAAUGCUUGAAAUACAGCUGGACAUAAUUAGGGCAACUUCACCCACUCCAGCCCUUCUCUCGAGGAGGCUUUUCAGAGCACAAGAGCUGCCUUCGGUUUCAUGCGGCUAAUGACACCAAAUGGUUUUGAAUCUCCUGUUUUAUUGGAACAGGUGUAGCGCCUGCCAUCUGCGCCAAUGCCUUCCUUGGCCGGCGAGCAGAGCACUGUUUUGGUUCAAUGGAUUUAAAAGUCUCCUGAGAGCAAAGCAGCGAAAGAAUGCAGAAAGCGUCUGGCAAAGGAAAAGCACUUUAAGUAAUGAGCUUUGUCACUCAAGGCUUCUAGUAAAUUGCCUUCAAAUAUUUCCAAACUAUUUUUGGGGUGGAGGUGGGGGGUGGCAGAGUUGGGGACUGGAGACGUGGAAGGGGAAAAACGAGAGAAAUCUGCCUGCAGAGUUUUAGGUUUCUGUUGCACUAUGAAAUCUUCUUUAUCUUCUUGCAGUAGCUUCCAAGUGAGUUUGUUGGCCGGUUGAUUUCAACCUUAUGCUGCGUCUGUCAGCUGUGUGUGUGUGUAGGAGGAGAUACUUUUAAUACUUUGAUAAGAAUAUAAAACUGUUGCCGUGUUUCAGUGAUGGGAAUUCUGCUGAUAUGAAUAGGAGAAAGACCAAAACAAGAUUCUUCAGAGCAGUUUAAAAAAAAAAAAAAGGAAAAAGGAAAAGGUAAUUUUGCAACUCUAACAGACAAAGAUCAUUCUGAGUCUGCGGUUAGAGAAACCACCACCACCCUUCAUUGUGUCCGACCUGGCAGGGCUGAGUCAAUGUGUCUGGAACACUCUUAACAGCUAAAGGGCCUGAGGGGUGGGAAUGGAUAUUUCUCCUUUAGUGCACAACCUUGUAGUAUCAAGUCUGUUUGACUUGGGAAGCUAAGCUGGCUUUUUGGAAUGGAAAAUCCUCUUAGUUUUAUUAUGACAGGAAACUCUUAAAAACCUUUAAAGCACUGUCCGCUCCUCCCCUCCCCCCAAGUUGGCACGCCUUUACUUGGAAAGCUUUAAUGAGAGAACAACCCUCAAAUAGAUAGUUUUAUAUAAUUGUGCAGGUGCUCAUUAAAAAAUGUCUUGUUUCUCCCUCUGCCCAGCUGGUUUCCUUUCUCUUUGUCCCACUGGAGACUUUUAUCCAAUUAUGUAUACAGUAGCAACACUUGUAGAGCUGAGGUUGAAGAUGCUGAAAAACAAUAAAGAGAAGUCCCUGAAUGAUCCUUCUCUCCCCCCACCCCCCGCCUUUUCCUUUGCCUCUUAUUUUCACCUUGCAGUCUGAGUAGGCAAUACUUCUAUCUGUGUGUCGUAUGAGUCAGAAAAAAAGGAACAUUGUGUCUCCACUGGCAGAGAUAGGAUGGCCUUUCUUGUCCGGCGAGUUCGUAAUUAUGUGAUUCGGAAUGUAAAUUGUAUGGAUGUAUUACGAACUCAGGCCUGGAUUCCCACAGAAAUUCUCCUCCAGCAUGGAAUGUAAAACAAGGUUCUGUGCAUACACUUCUGGUAAGUUACUAAAUGUGCAUUUACAGAUUAUUGUUAUUAUUAGUGCAUUUCAAGGUAGAAAAUAACAUCUCUGGGAAUUUAGGCUCACUUUGUAAUGCCUCCAAAUUCUAGGGCUUCCAGGUCCCAACCCAGAGAUCUGUCUGGUGCGGCUCAGAGUGUCUUUUAACAUUUCCUGAUGUAUCAAGAGUUGGAGUGGGUGUACCUUCUCCUGUCUGUUCCUUGCCCAGUCCAGACAUUUCUUCCCUUGCUCACAUCCCACUUUGCCUGCUGUAACAAGCCGAACUCAAGGUGUGGCACAAUGCAAAUGGAGAAGUGAAUUGAUGACAAGGUCAGAAGGAAGAGCUGGCUGAGAUAAAAUACUAAGGGUUCAGGGCAGAUGUUUUGGCUGCACCCAGGCGGCUCAAACCAUUGUACCCAACAGUGGCCUUUAUACUUGCAGAUUUGUCAAUUGCCAUGUAGAUUUCCCAUGUUAAUUCUACCUAUCUCUAUACCUUCUGGUUUACUUUGAUCAUUUUCUUGUGAUAGGGAACAUAGAAAGAAAAUGCCCUCGGCCACGGACAGUUGAACUAUAGCAAUGAAAACAAUAGGAUGCAUAUCUCACCUGUUUUCCAAUUAAAAGGGUGGGCUACUUUCCCAGGUUGAUGAGACCCAUUUGCCCCUCUACAGCAUGUGCAGAAACCGCCUUCUUGACUCUUGGACCCACUGUUGGUCUUGUCCAUUCAAUCCACUGGAGCCUGUCUUUGCAUGCAGGGAAAGCCGCUAACUCACAGAGGGUUUGAGACCCAUUGGCUGCCCUCACCCGGUUUAGUCUGCCAGUCAAAGCCAUUUUCUGGGGUGUGGCUGCUGUCGCAUGCUGGCAGCUUCCAGGAGCCACAGCUGAGAGCUGAGUGCAGGGCGGGAACAAAAGUGCCCAUACAUAUUUUGGAUGAACAAUAAUAUGUUAGUUUUUUUAUUUUGUUUUUUGAAUGGUCACUGCUGAAGUUCUACAAGAACUCAAAAGUCACAAUUUUCUACUGGAGAAUAGAAAUUGGUAGUCUGGGAUGUUGUUAUGCCUUGAGACAUUUGUGUGGAAAGCGAUUAAUAAAUAAUAAUAAUAUUGAAUCCUUAAAAACUGAGUGUAUUUGUAUGGGGGUGAAGAGAGAAGCCCCUGCCUCUCAAUAUGUUUAAAAUUAACUCUGGUUAUUGCUUUUUUAUAUAUAUAAAAAAGCACCAUAUUCACAAAAAAUAGACCUCAGAGAAUUUUAUUCUUGUACAUUUUCAUUUUAUUUUAAAGUAUGGAGCAGUUUUAAACUAUAAAGUUAUAAGCCCAGAGGGAACUUUUGAGGGUUAAAAUAUAUAUUUUGCCCAUCACUUUUUCUGACCCCAGUGUGGCCCUAUAAAUAUUUGCAUGGGAGUUCCUCUUUUUGAUUAUGAGUUGGGGGGGGGCAGGCGGGGUUGUUUCAGAAGGGUGACUGGGGUUAUUUUAAAGUGGAAAAAUGUAACUUUAGUUCCAUGAUCUGUUAAGUACAUGGAGUAAUAAAUGUUUAUUUGAGGCUGGGAGAACCUAAGCUAGUAGUGGUUGGCUGUUUCCUUUUGGAGGAAACUAUAAAUUCACCCACUUGUGUUUUAACUACAUUACCACUGGGGCCCCUAAUUACCCUCAUGCAUAUAAUAAGCUGCAGUGGAGGGGAACUUGGAUUUUUUUAUAAAAAAAUUUUUUAGCAUUGUUCUGUAACUAACCUAGAGCACUAGACGAGAAUCUUAUUUCACCAGUAAUUCUUAAAUGUCUUGGUUAUUGCAGGCCACUGUGGUGGUUUGCUAGUAUAUGGACCACCAAAACCGUUUCCUUUUCACCUGAAGAAUGGAAGAAAAAACUGCUGAAUCAGAUCAAGGGCCCAUCUCAUCUAACAUUUUGUCCCAGCAAUGGUCAAACUGAUUCCUUUGGGUAGCCCCACAAGCAGGAAAUGAGGACAACAGCUUGCUCCUACUGUUGUUCCUCAGAAACUGGUAUUCAGGGUGUUCUGGGAGUGUCAUGCCUGGUAGCCUUUGGUAGCUUUGUCUUCCAUGAAUUUACCCUAACCCCCUUUUAAAAUGAUCAUUUUCUUUUCUCUCUCCUGAAUCUUCCACCAUUCAGUUCCACUGAAUGACCCUGGGUUCUAAUAUUACGACAGAAGGAGGAAAAUGGCUGUCUGUCCGCUCGCUUCACAGGCAUGCGUAAUUUUACACACCUCUAUCAGAUACCUCCUUUUCUUCGUUUUAUCCAGAGCUUUUCCUCAUGGGGGAGUUGCCCAAGCCCCUUCAUUUUGGUUGCUUCCCCCUCCCCCCCAGCUUUAGGGGGAUACUUUCUGAGGUGUGGUGACCGGAACAGGACAACAGGCUUUUAUUCCAUGUAGCGUUAAGUAACUUCCCCGUCGGUGUAAGGAUUUCCUCUUGCAAAACAGGACUCCUCCUGUGCCGCUUGUAUCCUCCCCACAUUUGCUGUGCAAAGUUGGGAGAACCCCCAGAAGAGAUUUAGGGGGCACUUGGGGAGAGGAGAGAGGGCAAACUCCCAUUGCACCAGUGGAAAUCUUUGUGGUGAUGGGACAGUUACUUAGCACUACAAAAGGGGCCUUCUGCUGAUCAGAAGGUCGGCGGUUCGAAUCCCCACGAUGGAGUGAGCUCCCGUCGCUCUGUCCCAGCUCCUACAACCUAGCAGUACAAAAGCAUACCAGCAUGAGUAGAUAAAUAGGUACUGCUGUGGCGGGAAGGUAAACGGCAUUUCCAUGCGCUCUGGUUUCCAUCAAGGUGUUCCAUUGUGCCAGAAGUGGUUUAGUCAUGCUGGCCACAUGACCCGGAAAGCUGUCUGUGGACAAACGUUGACUCCCUCGGCCUGAAAGCGAGAUGAGCGCCACAACCCACUAGUCACCUUUGCCUGGACUUAACCGUCCCAGGGUCCUUUAUCUUACCUUACUUAGCACUCUGUUGGAUACAAGCCAAUAUUCCAUGUGUGGUACAAUGUAGAGUUGUAGAGGGGUCUUGUAGUUAUUUCUGCUAUCCCUUUCCUAAUGAUCCCUAGCAUUGAAUUCAGGUCUUUUCAUCUUUCAUAUGGGAGGCUGGUGGUUCUGGUGCUCCAUUUAUCUAUACAGCUGCCAGAUGAUGUUGGACAAAAACUCCCACCUACGUAGUUACUAGAUAGGAGAUUCUGACUAAACACCAGGAAGAGCUUUCUGACACUAAGAGCUGUUUGACAGUGGAACAGACUCCCACAAGAGGUGGUGGACUCUCCUCCUUCAGAAGUUGGAUGGCCAUCUGUCACGUAUGAUUUCGUUGAGAUUCCUGCAUUGCAGGGGGUUGGACUAGAUAACCCUCGGGAUCCGUUCCAACUCUGCAAUUGUAUGAUCAUUCCUGACCCUUUGUCGGGUUGGUUGGAGCAGCUGGGAGCUGUGGUCCAAAAUAUUUGAAGGUCACCAAAUUGUGGAAGGUAUGUGUAAAUGAUUAUUAAAAAUGCAGAUGGUAGGGAAUACAGUGGACGCUCGGGUUGCGAACGUGAUCCGUGCGGGAUGUACGUUCGCAACCUGCAGUGUUUGCAACCCACGUCUGCGCAUGCGCGGGUUGCGAUUCGGUGCUUCUGCUCAUGCGCGACUGCCGAAACCUGGAAGUAAAGAGGGGUAAAAAGUGCAACAUCCCGAUUUUUGCAUACCAUGGCUUGUAGGGAACCACUGUUUAGCAUAAUUUCUAUACCAGCCUUUGUGCUUCAUCUCUCCCUACCUGAGUUUUGCCACUUUAUCCUGAGCAUGGAUUCUAAUUGCACGCCUCCCAGACGCUUUUGGAUUCGGAUGAGAGAGUCAAAUUGUGCAUGACGCAAGAGACCUGUGAUUAGCCUUCUUGGGUGUGUUUGUUGCACUCAAAUACAUUCAUAGAAGGUUCUGAAUUCAUUGGAAGAGCAUGUGUGCAAGUUAUUCUCUGUUCCUUUUUACCAGUCAAAAUCACUCUCCUACCUGCAAAAGGGAAAAGACACAGGCUCCACAUCCCCCCCUUGGAGGGGGGAGAAAGCAGCUGGACAAUAAUUUAUUCUCAUUAGAAAAACAGUUCCAAUUCCCUUGGGCUUUAGUAGAUUCACAGACCUCUGUUGGCUUAGUUGAGGGGUGUUGUGUGUGUGUUUUUUAAUCCUUUUCCCUCCUCAGCUCUUCUUCCUUUUAUGCCAUGUCUUUUAGAUUGUAAGCCUUCAGGCGCAGGGACUCUUUUGUUUCAGUUGGUUGUGCAUUAGCUUCUCCGGGGCCUUUUUUUGGCUGAAGAGUGGAUGAAAACUGUUCCAAGUAAAUAACUGGGAGAUUAAUCAUGUGUUUCUCACAUCACAUAUAGUUUGAAGCUGCAAAGACAGAAAAACCCUAUGAACUUGAAAAAUAACAACAGAGCAGGUGUUUCAGAGGUUGACAGGGAAAAGGCAUGGGAAUUAUAUUAAGAAACUUUUGCAGGAUAAAGAGCUUUGUUUUCCCAAGACAACCAUCUAGUCAACAGCAAUCUAGUCAACAUUCCAGCGAUAGCAAUAAGCCAUUAGAAGAUUCCAUCACCUAAUCUCUUUCCUUUAAGUGUUGCCAGUUGAUGGAUGUAUGGGUUCUAUAUGCUUGUGCUUUUGAAGGACUUUUAUUCUGAACUCAAGAUGUGGAUCUUAUGGUAUUAAGGGAAACAGAACAAUCCUUUAUUUAGCUGCACCUGCACCUUAAUGCCUAAUGAGUUUAGUUUGAUGGAAUCCAGACCUCAGGAAGGAUUAUAAAUUCUCAUUUGAUUUCAUUUACUUCUGAAAUACCUUAAACCAGCUGUACCAGCCUGCAAUCCAGUUGGCUCUUCAAGACUUUUUCUUCUUCUUUUUUUUGCAAAGGCCUGUGAGCCUGUUGCAUUUGUAACUUUAACUUUCUAAUGCGCACACAGUAAUAAAGAACAGGAGGCAGGUUUGAGAAGGGGGGGGGGGAAAUCUACUGGAAAGAUAAAUUUCAACUUGCAUGAAUUUGAAAGCAAUCACCUUAAGAGCAAAAGUCUGCCCGCCCUCCCCCAUCAUAUUGAGCAUGAAAGGAAGCAUUUGACACAAAAAAAUAAAGGAACACACCGUCAGACUUGUUCCAAGCCUUUGAAAAAUUAGAGGAAGUGAAUUUUCAUAGGUGACUUUUGAAUUGCCUUUGAGCUUCUCUCACAUGGUUCAUGUGCAUGAAUUUCUGGCGGUUCUUAAUGUGGAAGAGGGACUUUUCUUGAGUGUUGAUCAGUUUCCUGACCAUUCUAUGUUUUAAUUUUAUACCUCAAACCAGUUGAAGCAAGCUCACUCAAAUAGGGUUGCCAUAUUUCAAAAAGUAAAAUUAACAACACCUGCAAAUUUGUUGAGCUUUUUUGGGGAAACUCCCCCCCCCAUAGUGAUUUUUUAAAACGCCAUUUUUACACCCGAAAACCAGGACAUUUCGGGAUUUUUCCUGAUGUACGGCAAGCCUACAGUCAAAAACCACCAACAACACAGCUCUCCUUUUAAGGCUGUAAUCUUUUAUGCACUUACAGGUUAGUUUCUUUUGCAGUGGUCACAUCCAUACUAUACAUUUAAAGCACACUUACGACACACUGACUGUCAUGGCCUUCCCCAGAGAACCCUGAUAAUUGUAUCUGAGCCCUCACAGAGCCACAGUGCCUAGAACCUUCAAUAAAAUGCAGUUCCCAGAUUCUUUGGGAAAAGCCCUGUUAUUUAAAUGUGCUUUAAAUGUUUGGUGUGGAUGUGACUAGUGUUGUUGUUUAAAAAAAGGAAGGUCAAAGGGGGACACAGAUUUGCAGAAAACAGGCAUAUGCUAAUUGGUGCGAAUUUAGGAAUAAUUUGUACAAUUUAAAUGAAAAUAUCAUAGAUCUGAGGGACGCGGGUGGCGCUGUGGGUUAAACCACAGAGCCUAGGACUUGCCGAUCAGAAGGUUGGCGGUUCAAAUCCCCGCGACGGGGUGAGCUCCCGUUGCUCGGUCCCUGCUCCUGCCAACCUAGCAGUUCGAAAGCACGUCAAAGUGCAAGUAGAUAAAUAGGUACUGCUCUGGCGGGAAGGUAAACGGCAUUUCCGUGCGCUGCUCUGGUUUGCCAGAAGCGGCUUAGUCAUGCUGUACACCAGCUCCCUCGGCCAAUAAAGCGAGAUGAGUGCCGCAGCUCCAGAGUUGGCCACGACUGGACCUAAUGGUCAGGGGUCCCUUUACCUUUUAUCAUAGGUCUCACUUUAGUGGGGAGUACUGUGACCAGGUCUAUUGUCAAGAUGUUGAUGGGCAUUUUCACGGCCCCUAUUCUUCAAUGUUAGCUUUUAUAAAUAUCUUUAAACCAGACUUGGACAGGACACAGCCCUUCAAAGAGGGGACUUUCCUCUGUAAUGUAAGAGUCAAGGCCACCCAACAUGGUUAAACGGGGAGUGAGUUCCAUUAGAUUUCUUCUGAGAAGGGAUGCAUAGGAUUCAGUUGAACAUAUCCUGUUAAAAUGCUUGAUGGCCCCAGCUGCACUUAAUAUAUCCCCAUCUUCUCUUUCUGGCCAAAAUGACACAUUAGAUAGUUUCGUACAGCAAAGUUGCGUAAAAGGGAGCCCUAAACAGGUAUGUGCACACCUGCAUCUCUUGACAGUCUUCAUUUUCCACCCGUAGCAUUGGCACGGCAAGGGAGCCCCAUCUCUUGUGAGAGCAGGCAACCUCAAGACAAAUCUGUUCUUCCCCAUCUGUCUCACAUUGGUUCUGUUAGGCAAUGGUGUUUUCUAGUGUUCUUCAACCUUGCCUUCCCGGAUAUUAUUGAACUACAACUCCCAUCAUCCCUGACCAUUGGCUGAGCUGGCUGGGGCUGAUGGGAACUGGUGUCCAACAACAUCUGGGAGCCCAAGUUUAAAGGACACUGCUUUAGAUUCAAUUGCACUGCUGCUUCUGAAGGACAGUAGCACAAUGCAGCAACAACAAAUUUAAAGAAAUUUAAGUCCACAUGACAACCCCAGGAGGAACAAAACCAUUAAAUGACACCACAUAACCACAAAGACAACAAACUAACUUUGGAAACUCCUCACCCCCUCUAAAACUGAACCCUUACAGACAUAGCUAAAUAUGGCUUAAGGGAAAUAGCAAAUUCCCUCAAACACAGUACCAACAACGACAAGCGGAAAAUGAGCAAAAAUUGUUCCGCACGCCAAAAUCUACACCCCAAGGCACUUAAGUCUCUCUCACACACACACACACACACACACACACACUGCAUGCAUACACACAGAAACAAGAUUGUGGUUACCUCUUCCAGAUUAAUAUAAUGCUUAAACUUCUCCAAUGUGGGCAGCAACUGCCAACAAUCCUUCAGUCUAUUAUUGAAAAGCCUCAUUUGUUCCCCUGAACCACCUUGCAGUAAAACCCUUUCAGGCAGUCUUGACUCUUGCUACAAUUAAAAGGCCUUUCCUAACCUCCAGUUCAACAAAGCUUUUCUAGAACUCAUGAUAUUCCUUUAUCAUAUUUUUCCUCUUCGCUUGUCUGAUUGCUGUUUUGUUGCUGUCUUAAAAUGAAGUGCUGGAGAAGACAUUUUCUUUGCUGCAGGAUGCCACUCAGUGCUGCUUGGCCAAACCAACAACCUGGAGCUGGGUAUGCGUGGCUCCGUCUUCUGUUGUGCUUGUAAUUCUUUUCAUUUUGCUUUAUCUGCCCUAACAUCUAGCAUCUGAUGCCUUCCUCUUAUUCAUACGAAUGUCAUCCAACUCGAACUUUUAAUAGAGUUUCUGACUUCCUGAGUAACAGAUGGAAUAGCAGGAUGUGGUCCUUUCCAACCUUAUGCAAUCUCAUCACUUCCUGUAGCUUCAGGAAGGUUCUUGGUUCCUUCCUGGGUGAUGGAACAAGGUCCUUCUGGGUGUAAGCUUGGAAAGGCAUGUCUUCCAUGGCUACCUCAAGCUCGCACAGACUAAUUUUCUGGAGUUUGAUUCCGUCUGAGACGAACACACGACAGCUUGAGAGAUAAUUAAAUCCAUCUUCCCUGAGCUCCGACUUCUUGGUGUCUCCACAAUGGUACCAUUGUUCAUGGCUUCAUGGCACACAUGUUGACAUUAAAGUGUUUAAUCUUGUACUACAGUAUUCAGGUUCUCCCUGCCCCCUCAACAUCUGUAUAUGAUAAGAAAUGGUUUGUAUUAAGAGGAUUUGUUGACAAAGUAAUAGCUAAUGCUUAUACAUGUGUAGAUGGAAAAUGUCUUUCCCCCAUUCCAUUCAGCAGGAGGGACGUUCCUUUACUUCCAGUCUGGCUACAGAUGUGAUAUGCCACAUUGCUAUUAGAGAUUUUUUUUAAAGCGAGAAGUCCAUUUGUGAUGGAAGGAAAAGGAAAGUCUCGGCUCUGUUUCAGGACAGAUGAUCAGGUUUUCAACAGCAUUAUUGUGAUGAAAACUUACGCCGUAGGGAGUUGGUCUGGAGCUAGCUUUACACUUGUGAAAGGUGCUUUUGCUUGAAUUUUGCACUUGAUUUUCACUGAUAUCCCCUAUAUUUACUGCAGUCCUCUGCACAUAGUGUUCUGGAAGGUCCACCAUCCUACAGGAAGUUUUUCCGGGGUUGGGGGAGGGGAAGGGAGCUGCAGCAAUUCAGGGGAUUGGCAGAAAUUCAGUGUCCUGCCGUGUAGAAGCAAAAAUAAUUUCCACCAGCACAAAGCCAUGGUGGUUGGUGGAAUUGACCCUUGAGGAACGUUGCUUGGUUUUGCUUGACAGUACAAGUCACAUUUGGGCUAAAGACAGCAGAAAUAAGGCCUGCUUUGCAAGGUAGUGUAUUGUGUUUUGCACACCAUGGUGCUAGUGGGAUGCCAGUGAUAAUACUUGAGGAAGGCUGUGUUUUCAAAGCAGGCACGUGGGCUGCAGCAGUGAACUAAUUAUCAGAUUAAUUUACUGGAGACUAUGAACGCAGUAUGUUGAUUUCCUAGCACAAAGCCUCUUGUGCUGGUGCCCAUAAUUUUUGACAGUGUCAUGCUAAUACUGUUUUAACAGUAUUAAAGAAACAUUUUAACGUUGGUUACACAGUGUGGAGCAUUUUCUGCACUCUGCUUCCAGAACCCUUAUUUGUGGAUUCUUAUUUUUUAAAGUGCUGAUUCAGCUCUGUGGUCCAAGCAUGUAAAUCUCUUUGUCAAGGGGGCUGGGGUAAAUGAAGACGAACUUGUGUAACUUUGCCUUAAUCAUUGUCUACUUUUUGUUUUAUUUGCAACAACCCUCAUAACUUACGUCAAGAACCAAGUGGAGAUAGAAAGACAUUUCUGCCCAUAACAUUGUUAAUAUGAAUCCUGAAGAUGCCGCCAGACUUCCCUUUUUGCUACAACAGAGUAACACAGCUACCCUUUUGGAAAUUAUUGUGGCACACCAGCCUGCUCCAUCUUGGUGCUGUCCAGAUGUUUUGGGCUACAACUCGCACCAUUCCUGGCCAUUGGGUAGCUGGCUGGGGCUGAUGAAGGUUGUCGUCUUUGGAGAGCUUAUGGGCCCAUACAUGUACUAUUUUGAAUGCCACCAUUUGGGGUGGCACACCAGAAUUUCAGAGAGAAGGGGUGUCAAUGCCAGCUCCAGGUUUAAAGUGGCUCUUUGAAUGGGAUGGCUUCCUCAUCGCUGCUGUCAUCACUGCUAAUUCCCUUGCCCUCUUCCACUAGGACCACGCCGCAUUGUUGGAAGCGCAGCAGUAGAGGUCAUUCUGUUUGUAACUCGAGGGUUAAUUCUGUUAGUGUUAAAGUCAACUAGCCAAGGAGGAAGGGUGGAUUGAGGUGUUGCUCAGCAACCUGGCAGAGUGGCAUGAUCUUCACGGCUAUGUCUCUGUCGUUCUGAGGGUGUUUCUCAUCUGUAUAUUCCAGUGGUUUUCAGCCAGUGUGCUCUGGCACCCUGGGUUGCCUAGAAUGAUGGUCAGGGGUUCCGAGGGCAACACUAGCCUCUGUCCCUCUUUCUUUCCCUCCCUGCUCUGAUGCCCUCUUGCGUCUCUGCCUCCCAAAGGCUUGCACAGCUGUUCAUUGCAGCAGCCCUGGCUUCUCUGGGGCUGGUCAGUGGGUGCUGGUUGUCAGGAGCUGAGGCGGCCUCGGAGUAAGCAACCAACAACUCUUGGUUUGUGGCAACUGGCUAAAAUGUUUUAAAAUGUUUCUAAUUUUGGUUCCUCUGUUUUGUUUUUGUUGGGAUGGGGUUGGUUAAAUGUUUAGUUUGGGGUUGGUGGUUAUUUUAAUUUGGGUAUAACUGUAAAAUGUUUGCCAUUGUUGUUACUGAUUUAUUGGUUGACUUGUUGCUUGUAUAGGAUAUUUUGUUUUUAAAUUUUUGAUGUUUUGUUGCUGUGACUCAGAGAAAAAGAGGGUAAUUCUUACUCCCAUGCAUUCUGAAAACAAUCCUUUUAGGGUGUCACAUGCUUCUCCACUUUUAAUUCGGGGAGGAAAAUUUGGGAAAACGUUGGCCUACAUAUUACCACUCCUAGCUGUAUCUGUGCAAAUAAAUGUAAUCCUUCUGCACAUCACCGUCUGCCUCCCUCUCCUUCAUUUGAGGUUCCAUCUUCCAUUAGAUGAGACUCUUAAUCUCAGGGUCAAGGGUUCAAGCCCCACGCUGGGCAAAAGAUUCCUGCAUUGCAGUGGGUUGGACUAGAUGACCCUUGUGGUCCCUUCCAACUCUACAAUUCUGUGAUUCUGUUAUUCUAUGAUACAGGGAGGUACCACCAUACCAGGCAAAGAUGCAACACCAGCCCCUUUCACCCUGAAGAAAUGGGUUUGUGUGUGAAGCGCAGAACCAUACGGACUAGUGACGUCCCAUUAUGUGAUGCUCUGACCAUGGCCCUGAUCUUCACCAGUUUGGCUGUUUGUGUGCAGGGGCUUCCACAACAUUGAAAACCCCGAUUGCUCAAGGUUUCCAGUUGCAUAGAUGCCACUCCCCCCUGAUGUGGAUCUCUGUACAUGUGUAGGAGCCCUUUUAUGAGAUCAAUUGAACACACAGACAUCAGAUGUGUGGUCAAAAGGGGACACUUGACUUUGGUGCCAGGAAUAGAAGGUGCACAUCUCCAUAUGUUCUGAGUCCCUUCAUCAAUUGAUAUGGUGAACAUAGAAUUGCCUUUAUGCUGGAGAUGACAGUGCAUGGUGUUUGUGCGUGUAAUACCUUGUUUUAUUCUUUAAACUCCUUUGUCUUUCCUUUGCUUAUCUUUUAGUUUCGGGAAUUCCAGAACUCAAGGUUUAGGAGUUGGGGUGGGGACAGAGAGAUUAAAAGUCCUUCGCAGAUCCCUUAUGACUUUUUGGGGGGAAGGAAAGAAGCUGACAGGCAUUGAAAUGUGUGCGCACACUCAAAAUUGUAUGCACAUUCCUGUUGGCCUGUUUCCGUCUCUUUCUCUCCAGCGCACUACCAUUUUAAGUGGAAGGAAAGAACUGCUCUGCCCUCUUUCUCUUUGGGUCUUCUUACUGGUGUUGGGAGGAGAAGCCCACAUUUCGUUAUAUUUAUUUGCUACAAAUAUGCCUACCCCUUUCAACAAAAAGAGAAUUGCUGGAGGCGGCUUAACAAUACGGCAAUAACCAUGAGAAAGAGAAUUCGUCAGAAUGCAAAACUCUAGCCCGCCAUAAAAAAGGAUGCCCCAGAGAAAUGGGCUGCUGGGAAUACAAAGAUAGCACUAACCUUAUCUCCCAGCAGCAAAGGAAACACCCCAAUAAAAUAUGCCAGGUGACAGGCCAGUGGGCAAAGAGUUUGGUUAUUGCCACCAGUGGAAUGCCAUCAAAAAGGGUUUGGGGAGGCAAACCUCCCUAGGGAGGAGAUACCAAAAUCCAGGUGUCCAGCCAUUAAAAAUCUCCUCUUUUUUGGCUCCCCACCAGAGGCACUUCUUACAUCUGUGGGUCACAGAGGAGAGCCUCGCUUGUAGAGCUUACUGCCUUGGGACAGGCUUGCAGUGGAGCAAACUGCCCUUUAGAUCCAAGACAAUACAUUUUUUCAAAAGGAAUAUUUUCAUCCUCUUGCCUUACAUUUUGAAUGCUUAGAAUAUUGUAGAACAUUUACACUGUGGAACUAUUACAGUAAGAUCGUUUUAAAACACACAUUGACCUCUAGCAGAAAAGGAAGAAUAAAUGGUCUACUAAGGCUAGUUUUCAGGGUUUUGAAAAAUUGUGCACCCCUUAAUGCUGGCUCUCUUUCUUGGGGUUCAGUAUGCAUUAGCAGUGAUAUAAUGAGGGGUGAGCUCCCAUUCCUCUUGGGCUUGCCGAUCAGAAGGUCGGUGGUUCAAAUCCCCAUGAUGGGGUGAGCUCCCGUUGCUCUCUCCCAGCCUCUACCAACCUAGCAGUUCGAAAGCAUGCCAGUGCAAGUAGAUAAAUAGGUACCGCUCUGGCGGGAAGGUAAAUGGCGUUUCCGUGCGCUGCUCUGGUUUCAGCAGAAGUGGCUUAGUCAUGCUGGCCACAUGACCUGGAAAAACUGUCUGCAGACAAACUCCAGCUCCCUCGGCCAGUAAAGCGAGAUGAGCGCCGCAACCCCAGAGUUGUUCAUCUCUGGACUUAACUGUCAGGGGUCCUUUACCUUUUUUAAUGAGCAACUAGCUGCUGCAGUCUGUCUCACGUUGGCCGGCAGUGGUCAUACCCCCAGUUUUACUGCUGGUAGAAUGACUUUGGUUUUGGCUCAGCAAGCAGCAGUCCUGGGAAUGAAACUGGUCCAUGGUUCCCACAUGUCAUGUGGUGCUCAUGCAUAAAGAGGGAAGGUUUUUGUUUGCAAUUCCCACUGCAGUUGCAUUGCUGGCAUGAGAAGUGAGAGAAAAUUUCAAUUACUGGGGUGCAGUCAGACUGGUUAGGCCUUGAUGGUCUUGAUGAACUGCUGCUCAGAACAGCACACUGUUAUUAAAAGAUUUAACAGUAGGCCUAGUGCAGUCGGUGGCAGGCACAGUUCUGUGGAGAGAUCUUGACCACUCAGUUGUUUGAAACCAAUCCCAUGUAGUCUUUCCAGUGCUUUGAAUUAUUCUGUGGAACCAAAGACGGACGGCAAUAAUAUUUUAUAUUCCACUUUCCCACAAAAGCUGUGUCCAACGCACCUCACAUAAUAGGAUAGCAACAAUAAAAGUUGUGCAUUAUUCCCACUGACUUAACUGACAAACUUGUCCCACUGAUUUCAGUGGGACUAAAAAGCAACUAAUGGUUUUGAUACAACCCAAUGCGUUAGGGAAAAAAAAAUAGAAAUAGUGUUUCAAAAAGUAUUGUAUCGGCAUUUCCUGCAAAACAGGAUGGUGGUCAAGAUCUUGGAGAAGCUAAUUUUAAGGACAUUUGUGUGUGUGUGUGUGUGUGUGUGUGUGUGUUUUAAAUAAUCAUUCUUUUGUUUUCUUGAUAAUAAUUUUUAUUAGUUUUCAGUUUCAACAAUCCAGUAAUAGCCUCAUUAUAACAAUGUCAAAUUAUAAUACAAUUAAUAAUACCAAUAAUUGAGAUGCCAAAUUAUAUAAUUUAGGUGGCCCCCCACGUGCUAGAAUUAAUGGUUUGAUGAUUUUCUUGGUUUCUGCAUUCCAAAGUCUUAUAAAUUUCAAUUACGCUCCAGUCCAGAUACCAGUUCCUUAUAUCGCAGCUGCAGUUUUAACGACUUCCAUUCGUAUUGACACAUUGAAUGAUCGCUGCACCUACAGAUGAAGCAUUCAAACUCUCUUCUUCCUGUGUGUCCAUAAGGUUUCUUCCUGUCCUUGUAAUAUAUUAUGUCUGUCUUUUGUCAAUUGUUGCUGUUCUCCAGCAUGCCUUGGCCGGUGCUAGCGUCCCAUUAAAGAGCAUCAUUCUAUUAUAUCCUACCUUCAUAUCCAGCGAGCUUAAGGUGGUAUAGCUGGCCCUCCCUCUCCCAUGUUAUCCUCAAAACCACCCUGUGAGUAGGUUAGGCUGAAUCAUAGAGUUUGGAAGGAGUGACUGGUCCGUGGUCCCCCAGUGAGCCUCAUAGCUGAGUGGGGAUUUAGACCUUGUUAUCCUGAGUCCGAGCCUGACACUCUAAUCAUUAGACUGCAGAAACUCCCUAAAAUGUAGUGUCCAGUUACUGUGCUUGCACUGAAAAAGUGGAGGGUGCAACAGGCAGUCACUAUGUAAAAUGUCUCAGAAUGUGGGGGCUGUCUACAUGUGUUUCUUUAUUGCUGAUUGCUCACAGUUAUCUGGUUAUCUGGGCGGUGUGUGGCUUUGUGGAGAGCGUACAGUAUGCCUGUCACACUUAAGCAACAAUUUCCAACAUAGUUGCAAAGAAUCAUUUUUUUUAGCUCUGUCGUGAUAACUGCGAUUGCUAGCAAGUCCCUCUCUUCAUUUCUUGACAGUAUGGCACUUCCUCUAUGCGGCAGCUCACACCAGGGUGGGUUAAAGGUAAAGGUAAAGGGACCCCUGACCAUUAGGUCCAGUCAUGGCCGACUCUGGGGUUGCGACGCUCAUCUCACUUUAUUAGCCAAGGGAGCUGGCGUACAGCUUCUGGGUCAUGUGGCCAGCAUGACUAAGCCGCUUCUGGCGAACCAGAGCAGCACACAGAAAUGCUGUUUACCUUCCCGCCGGAGCGGUACCUAUUUAUCUACUUGCACUUUGACAUGCUUUCGAACUGCUAGGUUGGCAGGAGCAGGGACCGAGCAACGGGAGCUCACCCCGUUGCGAGGAUUCGAACCGCCGACCUUCUGAUCGGCAAGUCGUAGGCUCUGUAGUUUAACCCACAGGGCCACCCGCAUCCCUUUAGUGUGGUUAGAAUGGAGAAAAUUCAGGUAAAAACGACCCCCUGAGUUGAACAAACUCUCUGAAACAGAAAGCAUCAUUGUGGUUGUUUAAGGUUUAACUAAUCAAACAAGAAGGUCAAGUAGGGAUUUGUAAAUAAUGCAUGUGUUGCUUCCUAGGGUUAAUUGUUAAUUGGCUAGCACAGGAAGUGCAAGUGGGAUCAAGGAGGAUACAAGACAAAGCCAAACAAACACAUGGGGGGGAGAGAGAAAGGUACCCGUUUCAGCCAUGAAUGGGUGAUUAUUGGGUUACUUACAAAAGGCCUCACAGGUGUAAUCAAUCAUUCACUUUAUUAGUAUGCCUCCUUUCCAGAGUUAAAACCAUGCUCAAGGUGGCUUACAACAUUCAAAAAGUUACAUUACUACACUGCUUGAUUGUCAGAAACCUCUAAAGAGGUUUGCAAGAAAAGGGUAAGAUAAUAAAAUGAUCACUAAGAAAAACAACUAUAAUUUAAGAUGUACAAAAGUUAAAAUAAGUGUGGCCAAUUUUAAAAAAAAGGAAUUAAGAUUUACUUAAUUGGGUAACAAAUGUGCUUAUUUCCUCUGAAUAUGCUCUAAACCACAUGACCUGUUAUGAAGGGUUUCCUUGCUUUAGUUUACAUAAACAAAUUUAACAUGAGUCCAGAACUACUAAAGAUAGGGACUGUGCAGGGCACCAAAGUGAUUUAUUACGGGUUUGCAGAACUCACAAGAGUGUGUAAUCGUACAUAUAACUGGCUGCGUUUGCACAUAAUUGAACUUAAUAUGGUUUAAGGUGAAUUAGCAGCAUGCUGUUCACAUUGCUCAAAAGUCCCUGCCUUGCACCUCCCAUCAAGUAAGCCAUGGACCAGUAAGCCAAAAACAAACCAUGGUUACCGUUCCUGGUUUAUUUGUAGAGAACCAAACCACAACCCCUGGUUCUGAUGACACAGCGAACCAAGUCUUGUGGUUUGCUGUUGCCAGCAUGAGGAGGAAAGUGGGGACUUCUGAAUUGCAGGCACCAAUACACUGCUUGUGCCUGCUAAACCAUAGUUAAACUCAGUGUUUUUUUUCAGUAAGUGUGGCACUUACUGUAACAACUUCAUGAUGAGUACCAGCACCUAUUUUUCUAGGGGGGGAAAAAAGCACUGGUUAAACUAUGUUUUAACGUGAUGUACGAACCAGGGCACUGUUGCCUUUCCCCCAUUUUUUCUCCCCCACUGUUAGAACUAAAGCAGUAUGAAUUCAGGGAAGUUUAAGCCUCCAUAAUACUUUUGUAGGUCCCAUUGGGCUCUUUCUUGAUGGUGUAGCAUAUUUUUCUUUAAACACUUAACUAGGCUAUAAGAGGCACUGCAGUCACCUAGCAGAUGCUGAUUGAGGGUCCAUGUUUCCCAUAAAUUAGUUCUGAAAGGAUUUGUUACUUCUGGGUCAGCAAAUAUAUCCAGGGAGCAAGGAGAAAUAUGGGGCGGGAGAACUAAUAAACCCUAGCUGGAAGGGUCUUUGGGGAUUUAUUUUUUUUUAUUCAAUUACAUACCCAAACCACUAUUCUGAUAUGUAGCAAAAGAUGUUGGAAAAUUAAUCUCUGCAUUCAAACAUAUUUUGACUCCUUUUUCCCAUCCGUCCUAAAACUUGCAUAAUUACUCCCAGAAGUAAUUAUUUUGAACCUAUCUGCAUUGUCUGUUCCUUUCCCUUCUUCUCUUUCAGUUUUACAUAUCCACUUACAUCCUCAUUAAUUGGUGGAUUAGUAGUUGCUGACCCCUGUGAUGCCCCAAUGUGCCUUUUUACUAUGUCCCAGGAAAGUGAGGAUUCAUGGGAGAUUCUUGCUGGAAAACAAAAUACGAAAAGUGAUCUAUUCCUGGAUUGGCUAUCAUAAUUUAUACCACAUUGGAUUUAAUAAUUUAAUCCUGUGAUUUCGUAUAAAUUUUUGUCACAGGCUUCAGCUAGUCUCUGGCUGCAGGCAGUCAUGUCCUAAGGCUGGACAUGAGGAACCGACCAUGAAUCCAAAGGAUAUAGUUUAGGAAUGGACGGAUCCAGUCCAUGUCAAUUUUGCUUGUGUUCAAUUGCAAUUUUUUUCUGACUUGGUUCCACAUUAAUCUCUGAUUUUAAAAAAAAACAAAAAUGUCCACAAAAGUCUGUGUUUAAAUAUUUUGUCACAGAAUGCACAUUUUAAUGUGUGUAUUAUUUCAAAAAAAUCUCUUCUAUACCUCUAUGUCUCUCUAUUUCCAACCUUAAAUUUAAGCAGUGCUUCCCCCCCUCCAAAAAAUGUUUAGGGGUACUCUCAUUUUGACCCAAGAAAAUCACCAUUUUAUAGUUCAAAUCAGGAAAAAUAAAUACAGAAAAUGGACAAAAGUACAAUGAUUCACAAAAUGUUUAGGGGUAUGCUUACCCCUGCAUCCCCCCAGAAGAAAAUCACUGAAUUUAAGUAUCAAACAAAGCGUUACAAAAAAAUCAAAUUAAAACUUUACAGAUGAAGGUCAAAUAUAAAGCUCACAUUUACAGCAGCAUAAUUAACCAGAGAACAAAAUUUCCUCUUAAAUAUGAAAUGCAUAAAAAAAAAUCAAAUUCAAAAAUACAAUGAACUCCACAAAAGGCAUCAUUAAUAACUAAACAAAAUAACUAAGGUAGAAGCUGCACCCCCACUUCCCCUUGCUCAACACGGUAGGCUCUCCGAGAUUUGUCCCCACAUCCAAGAGACUCUCUUCUGCAUUCUCACCAACCACACAGGUAAGCUAAUCCUCAGCCCAGCCAGUUAUUUCCAGUAAUACAGUGGUGCCUCGCAAGACGAAAUUAAUCCGUUCCGCGGGUCUCUUCGUCUUGCGGUUUCUUCGUCUUGCGAAGCAUGGCUAUUAGCGGCUUAGCAGCUAUUAACGGCUCAGCGGCUAUUAACGGCUUAGCGGCUUUAAGAAAAAGGAAACAAACUCGCAAGAACUCGCAAGACGUUUCGUCUUGCGAAGCAAGCCCAUAGGGAAAUUCGUCUUGCGGAACAACUCAAAAAACGGAAAACUCUUUCGUCUAGCGAGUUUUUCGUCUUGCGAGGCAUUCGUCUUGCGGGGCACCACUGUACUUUAUUCAAAAUUAAAAGGCAUUGGGUACAUCUUUUGAGCCAAGAACUGUAUCGCAAAAUUUGCAGAAGUGAAAUCUGAAUAAUUACAAAGAAGCAAGUGCAGCUGGCUUGCUGAAAACUGUGUCCCGAACAGGAUUCUCCUCCAUCCCUAGUGCAGGUGGAGAGUUAAAACACAACAGCAGUUGUGUCCCAGAGUCAUAUUCAGCAAUCAGAGACAGCAGGAGCUUUGUGUUCAAACAACAGAAAAGGAUGGGGUGGCCAGCAGCGAGGUUGAGGCUGUACCCACAAGAGUGCUCAUUUGGCUCUGCCAGUGCCAACCUCACCACAAUGCUGGUACAGCCUCAUUGCCAUCCUGGCCCUGACCCAUCCAGGUAACCUGUAGUGCUGUUGUUGCUGGUUUGUGUGUGUGUGUAACUCCUCAGCUCCACCUCACCACCCCAGCCUCUCCUGCUGGCACCACAGCCUAGAUGGCACCCAUGAAGCGAAGAUCUGAUAGGUUUGCAUUUGGAGCAGGGUGCAAACCUAGACAGCAUCUUAAAAAGUAGAGACAUCAGCUUGCCAACAAAGGUCUGUAUAGUAAAAGCUAUGGUUCUCCCAGUAGUGACGUAUGGAAGUGAGAGCUGGACCAUAAAGAAGGCUGAUCGCCGAAGAAUUGAUGCUUUUGAAUUAUGGUUGCUGGAGGGAGACUCUUGAGAGUCCCAUGAACUGCAAGAAGAUCAAACCUCUCCAUUCUGAAGGAAAUCAGCCCUGAGUGCUCACUGGAAGGACAGAUCCUGAAGCUGAGGCUCCAAUACCUUGGCCACCUCAUGAGAAGAGAAGACUCCCUGGAAAAGACCCUGAUGUUGGGAAAGAUGGAGGGCACAAGGAGAAGGGGACGACAGAGGACGAGAUGGUUGGAUGGUGUUCUCGAAGCCACCAGCAUGAGUUUGACCAAACUGCGGGAGGCAGUGGAGGACAGAAGUGCCUGGCGUGCUCUGGUCCAGGGGGUCACGAAGAGUCGGACACGACUAAACAACUAAACAACAAAAGCUCAUGGUGCAGAAGCCAAGGCGCCAGAGUCUGACCGCUGGGUUCAGCUCUCCCCUGGCCCCAGGCACCUAACAAACCUGUAGUAAACAACUGCAGCGCCAGUUGGAACAUGCUUAGCAAGAAUAGCAACGUGUGGGGUUUUUUUGUGUGACCCGGUAGCCCUGAGCCCGGUUUGCAAACGUUGCGUGUAGCUUAAACGGGUCACCUCCAAGUAGCCAGAAAAGUAGCUUUAAAAAAUAAAAUUGAAUUAAAGAUUCUAAUGCCUGAACUAGGUAUGCAAGAACAGGUGAAGCACUGCAAUUGUUUACAGGCCAACAGUUAUUGUGGGCUUAUUUACGAGCCAGUUCCAAAUGUUUUGCAAUUAGGAAGCUGUCUAGUCAUUAGCAGCCUAGACUUUCUGUGCCUACAUAUAAUUGCUCAUGACGGAUCGUACCAGCAACUACCAAAAUAUGUUAUGAAAAUGGAUUUUUGACGUUCAGCCAGGCCUACGCAGAAGUCAACAGCUAGGAAUAAUAGCGAUCUGUCUCACAGGUUGGUUGUAAGUAUGAGCAAGAGACGAUCUGUCAUCCCGAGGCAUACACGGAAUUUAUAGCAUAAUUUCGCAUGGAGGAUUCCCCCUCGCUCUGCCAUAAUCUGUAUUUCAAAUGCCACUGAAUUGAAACAGCAUUGUGCAGUAUGAGGGAGGGCUGCUGGGAAGCUGGGCUGUUACACAUGAAUAGGAGCACAUUAAUCAUCUCAUUGGACCAUGACCCAAAACCAAAAAGGGCUUUGCACAUUAAAACGUUCUGUUUAAAUGUCAAGAAGGUGUCAUUAGCAGACAGGCCAGGAUAACUGUUUACAAUUCGUGUGCCAAGUAAUUAACAAUAUUUGCCAUAUAUAAAAAUUUUCUUUGCACAGCUGAGAACAGAGUAUCUCACCAUUCAUCCCAAUGCAGUUGUCGUUCUGAUGACAUAAACGAGGCAGGCCCAUGGAUGUUGAUGGCCCCCAGGUCAAGUGUCCUGGAAGUCCGCAGCAAUAAGUCGAAAACCACCUCUCUAAAUUCAGGCAGAUAAAAAUCCCUGGGCAAAUGAAGGUAUAGUGGUACCUCGGAUUAAGAACUUAAUUCGUUCUGGAGGUCUGUUCUCAACCUGAAACUGAUCUUAACUUGAGGUACCACUUUAGCUAAUGGGGCCUCCUGCCGCUGCUGCGCAAUUUCUGUUCUCAUCCUGAAGCAAAGUUCUUAACCCGAGGUACUAUUUCUGGGUUAGCGGAGUCUGUAACCUGAAGCAUAUGUAACCUGAAGUGUCUGUAACCUGAGGUACCACUGUAUUUCCCAUGGCACUUGAAAGAAAGCUGGAAGUGAAUUUCUCUGGGAAGGGUGCUGUGACUGACAAGACCCUGUCUCUGGUCACCAGCCACCUUACUUUGGAUGGCAGGGGAACUUGGAGCCUGUUUUUGCAUCCGCCAAAAAAAGAAAGAAAGAAAAUGCACCACACCAAAUAGAGGGCACAGAUUUGCAUAAACGUGUGUGUGUGUGUGUGUGUUUGUGCACAUUUAAAUAAAAUUGCAAUACAUCUUACCAUGAAUUGGAUGGGUUAAAAAGAGGAUUGGACAAAACUCAUGGAGGUGAAAGCUCUGAACACUAGUUUCUUGGUUGGGAAGAAUGCUGCUGAACUCGGGUCCUGUUUGUUGACUUCCUACAUGCAUCUAGCUGGCUACUGUGAGAACAGGAUACUGUGUAGAUGGGCCACUGGCCUGAUUCAGCAUGGGUCUCUUGUAUGUUCUUACCACAGCGGGGGGCAGGUCACAGAGCAGGUGAGCGGUUGCCUGCUAAGUUAGUUGCCCAGCUGCCCAGGUGCUAACUACCAUAUUUUUCACUCUAUAAGACGCACCAGACCAUAAGACGCACCUAGUUUUUGGAGGAGGAAAACAAGAAAAAAUAUAUAUUCUGAAUCUCAGAAUCUCCCUCUUGCUGUUCUGGCUUCUGUGAUAGCUGCGCAGCCUGCAUUCGCUCCAUAAGAUGCACACACAUUUCCCCUUACUUUUUAGGAGGGAAAAAGUAAGUCUUUUACAGCAAAAAAUAUGGUAUUUAUGGGCAAGUUCAAAGCCCUUUGUGCUCCCUUUCUGGGGUUUGUUUAUUUUUUUUGGGGGGGGAGCAUUUCUUUAAAAUGCAACAUGGACUGAGCAGAUAGAGGAUGCCUUCAAAUAGAGGAUAGUCCUCUGUGAAGGAAGGCACAUGGCUGUCCUAGUCUGAGCUGCUACCAGACAGAGUUGACAGUACCAGGCCAGGCAGACGAAUGUUACGACCUUCUAAAAGGCAGCUUCCUAUGUCAAUUUAGCUGUGGGAUAUUUGUUUUCUGGGAAUAGCUGGGAGGAAACUGGUGAGGCCAUUUCACUUUGAAUAAAAAUGUGCUUGCAUUGUGCAUAGCUCAUUUAAUCUUCAAAGGCUUUAAUAAUGAAUCUUCCCAGCCCUGCCUGUAAAUUGGUGUUGCUGCUUUAGCAGACGGGAAAGCUGGCAGGAGAGUACGAUAAGAAGUUUUCCCGUGGGUACAUGCAAGUGGUACAAUUGAGAGUUGCAUCCUGAAAGUUCUUUGAGCAAUACGUCCUGAGUCAAAUUAAAGAAUGGGGUGAGGGAAGCUGAGCAGGGGAAGGGAGGCAGCUAUUCUGAAGCCUAACGUGUUUUUCCUCUUCAUGCCAUCUGCAUGUUCAUGCAAAUGGUUGCAUCAUUUUUAAAAAAAUGAUUACCUUGUUUAAUGAUGAUCUGAUGCCGCAUGGAUAAGGUUGCAUCCUUGCCCUUGAGAAGAGCCUUAUUGGAUCAUACCCAAAGGCCUAUCUGGUGCAGGAUUAGCCAACCAGAAACCUAUAGGUCGCCCAGAGGCAGGAGCAUGACUGCACAGUAGCACUGGUUUGCUUGCUGCCUUUGAACUUGGAGGCAGCAUGUAGGUAGGCCUUGCGACUGGGAGUCAUGGAUUGCAUUACCUCCCAUGGACUUGUCUUAGCCCCUUGUUGUUGUUGUUUAGUAGUUUAGUCGUGUCCGACUCUUUGUGACCCCGUGGACCAGAGCACGCCAGGCACUCCUGUCUUCCACUGCCUCCCGCAGUUUGGUCAAACUCAUGCUGGUAGCUUCGAGAACACUAUCCAACCAUCUCGUCCUCUGUCGUCCCCUUCUCCUUGUUCCCUCAGUCUUUCCCAACAACACCAUAAUUCAAAAGCAUCAAUUCUUCGGAGAUCAGCCUUCUUUAUGGUCCAGCUCUUACUUCCAUACAUCAUUACGGGCCUUUGUUGGCAAGGUGAUGUCUCUGCUUUUUAAGAUGGUUUCAAAGUUGGUGACCACAUCUUGUUCCUUCAUGUUGCUUAUUCCAGAGUUACUGUCACAAAUGAAACCUGCCCUACUUCUAGAAAUGUGCAAUUAAAAGAUAGGAAUAGGUUUACUUUUCUGUUGUUGUUUUCCCCCUGUUAUCUGGGGCAGCAGGGUGAUCAGUUUUGAAGCCAACAAAAAAUUAUUAGCAAUUUGAUCUAGUUCCAGUUUGGCUGCAGUUUUAUAUAGGGCUCUUCCCCUGCUCCCCUUCAGCGUUAAGGAGCACGGUGGGCAUUUACAGGAAACAGAAAAGCUGUUCAUCUUCAGUUGGUCUUCCAUCUCUACACAAUGCAGGUUACUCAUGUUCCAAGUUGAGGUGGAGAGACCGGCUCAUCCAUGUACACUUCUGCCUCUAUGGUGAGAAUAGAUCAUUCCCUUAUUAGGUUGGGGUUUUUUUUAAUGCCACCAUUCCUAAAAACAGGAGCAAGGCUUUGGAAGCGUUUCUAGCAACUACGAUUCAGAAGCAAACCGUCUCCGACAGUGGAGCUAGAACCUAGCCAUUAGUGGCUUGGUUUGAGGGCAACCCGUCUGAUAGACUUCAAACAAGAACAGUAAUUUAUAAUCACACCUUUGAAAGUACUGUUGAAAGUGGCACUGGCAUGAGGGAAGGUCGGAGAUCUCAGUGACGAUGCCCAGGCAAUGACCUGGUGGUGCCAGAGACUCGCAGCCCCAUUUCAGACACUGCUCCACAGCUGUGGCCGAGGUUGUGUCGGGGUGGAUGGGAAGAGAGGUAUAUCAGCCCAGCAACAAAGCUCUGUGGUUAGAAUGUGUAAACUUCAUCAAGCACAGCUUGGAGGAAGAACAGUUGCAUUCUCCGUAACAAACAAGUAACAAGUACACCCAGUUAACAGAAAAAGACUGCCUGGAAUGGCGCAGCCAUAGACCUCUGACCUUUUGCUUUUUAAGUCUAAUUUUGCACAUCCAUGGAUGAAGGAAGCACAUGUUGGCCAUUUUCUUUCCCUUUGUUUUUGUCAUGCGAGCCAUUGCGGCCUUUUAGGCUGUUCUGCAUUUGCUGCUGUUUUUAAUUCAGUUUAAUGGCAUGAUAUUUUGUUGGGUUUUAUGAUUUAACUGUUAGCUGCCUUGGUGGGACGGGUGGGGUGCAGUCCAUUUUUGCAGUGGAAAGGCUGAUUAGAAAUAUUUUAAUAAAGAAAAUAAAACGUUUGGGUUUUUUUUUUCUUUUUGCAAAUGCAGAGCAAACAAAAGGUGGUGGUGAUUUGCGGGGUGGGGGACAGUGAAAAUGCAAACCUGUUACUAUGGGAGGGAGAAAGUGAUAUUUAAUGUAUGUAGGGGUGCAACAUGGAGGGAAGGGCUGUAGCUCAGUAGCAGAGCAUCACCUUUGGGUACAGAAGGUCCCAGGGUCAAUUGCUCACAUUUCCAACUGGGGCUGGGAGAGACCCCUGCCUGAAACCCUGGAGAGGUGCUGCCAGUCAGUGUAGACAAUACUAAACUAGAUGGAGCCAUGGGCUGACUGUGUGUAUAUGGCAGCUUCCUAUGUUCCUAUGAAGGUUCUCAGGAGCAGACUGCACAGCCAAGAGGCAGAAACAACAAGAUCCAUGAAAUGAUAAGAAGCAAACUGUAAGGGUUGUAACUGAGAGAUGUUGGUGCCAUCCUAUGGCAUGUUUACAUAAUGGUUAAUUUAGCCUUGAAUAAAUGAGUCCAGCUAACUCUUCAUUAGAGAGGCUGAUGCUCGCGAUAAGCUUUUAUUCUGUGCGAGUAUCCUUUGCAGAGGAUGGGAACUAGACAGCCACAGAGCCAACGUCAGAUGAUUCAAAGGUAUUACUAAGAUCUGUAAUGUGCCCUUCAAGUUUACCACCGCUGAAGGGUGACUCAACUAUUAUAGGGUCAUUGGGAGCAACGGACCCUGGUACAUGAGUCACAGAGGUCAUGCAGCUGCCCAUGGCAGCCCUGCUAAAAGACAGGCUCGUUAGGCAUAUAUUUCUGUUUGUUCUUAGCACUUGUUCCUUACCUCAGUCUGCUGUCUAGCACUUGCUUCCUUGCCUCUUCAGUAACUCCAUGAUCCUUAUAAAGGUGUUUGGACAGCAGGCGGAUGUCUGUGUCAGUAAGUAAUUCUUACUCAGAUGCACCUGGAGCCAUUAAUGUGCAUGUGGAUGAAACUAACGAGCAAACUCAGUCCAGACAGGCUGGAAGUGCUGAUGGUCCUUGAUUCAUUUGACUUCAGAGGCUGUGCUUGGCCUGCUCUUGAUGGGGUUGCGUUCAAUUUCACAGCCCGGGAGAGCUGUUUAGGUGCAGCCCUGGGGCAUCUGUGCCCAGAUGUGCUUUUUAUCAAUUCUGGUUGGUGCUCCAGCUUUGCCCCCUCCUGGGUAAAAGCAACCUAGUCAUACAUUGAUACCUGUGCCUUGGCAAAAUAAUAAUAAUAAUAAUAAUAAUAAUAAUAAUAAUUAUUAUUAUUUAUAUCCCGCCUUCCCCAGCCAAAGCUGGGCUCAGAGCGGCUAACAACAGUAAAAUAAUACAGCAUUCUAAAAUCAAUUCAUUAUAAAAUCAGUUCAAAUCAAAUUAAUGGCAACCAUUGGGCUAGAGUUCUGUGAAGAAUUACUAAAGGAGGGGGUCAGGCUGUGUCUUGGCCAAAGGCCAGGUGGAACAGCUCUGUCUUGCAGGCCCUGCGGAAAGAUGUCAAGUCCCGCAGGGCCCUAGUCUCUUGUGACAGAGCGUUUCACCAGACCGGAGCCACAGCCAAAAAAGCCAUGGCUCUGGUUGAGGCCAGCCUAACUUCUCUGUGGCCCGGGACCUCCAAGGUGUUUUGUUUGAAGACCGUAAGGUCCUCCAUGGGACAUACCAUCUAAAUUGGAUUCCUUUGUUUGGGUGUCUGCUCAUGUGAAAAGGUGGGGAGCUUCCCUCUGUUUCACUAUGCCUGUUGCUCUCAGUGAGAGCCUGUUGGAUUAAGCCAAUGGCCCACUUAGCCCAGCACCAGAUGCCAGUGGAAAACCCACAAGCUGGACACAAGCUCAGGAGCCCUCCAUCCUCCUGUGGUUUCCUGCAGCUGGUAUUCAGAAGCACUACUGCCUCCAACUGUGAGGAGCAGAGCGGAGACAUCAAGUAGCCUUUGACAGGCCUCUCCUCCAUGAAUUGGUCCAGUCCUCUUUUAAAGCCAUCUAGGUUGGUGGAGAAAUUUGAAGUGGGCAACUUCUUCUAAUCACCCUCCAGGGUUCUAAAUCAUGUGGGGAGCCUCUACAAGUUGAGCAUAAGACUUCCUAUGGGUGGUAGACCGGUUGGUAACUAUAUUCCCAUGUACUGAAUGUAUCUUACUGGUGCUUAAAGAGAUGUGCCGACUUCUAUGCAGGCUGGAGAGCAGCGUUUCCAUUGUUCUAGGCACUUUUUGGGACAGGGAAUUUCAUUAAUGCAAGCAGUUUCUGAGCUCUGGGAGCAGUAUUGCACCUAAGGUUUCACAUUAAAACGGCCACUGCCUCCCUACUUCCAGCCACUCUCUGACUACUGGAGAAGGGACCCUCAUAUUAUGGGGGCAGGCAGGGGAAGUAUGGCUUUGGUUUUUAUGGAAUUGGCGGAAAUGACUGGCAGAAUCCGAGACCAGGGAGAAGAGUCGGUGAAAGAAGACUGGAAAAAAUUUAAGGACUAUUUACAGAAAUAUUGUAAAAUUAAGGAACUUUAGAAGGAUGCUGGAUAGAAAUUAAGAGGUUUUUAGCUGUAAUGCUUUAAGAGGCAUGGAAAAAAAAAAAGGUUAACAAUUGGGUAAAAGAUUAAUGGUAAGGAUUUGCUGAACCAACAAACUGAAUUGGAAUACAAAGAAGGGAGGUACGAGGAGGUCUGGGGAAAUAAGAGUAAGGAAGAUAGGUUAUGGAACAUUAGUGUGUUUUUAACUGUUUUAUUUUGUAUGUUUUUUCUUACUUUUUGUUUUUUUGCUGUAAUUUAUACUUUUUUCUUUGUUUUCUGUAUUUUUGUGAAACUUUAAUAAAUAUCAUUUAAAAAAAAAAGUAUGGCUUUGGUUUUUUUUGCAGUCUUAGAUGAGGACUAGACCAUGUGAAAAAUGAAUAUAAGGUUUUAACUGCAGUUCAUUCUUUUUCAGCUUUGUAUUCUUGUUAUUAAAAAAGCACGCCUAGAAAUUCCAUUGUAGUGCCUAUAACCUAGGUUUAAGGUGCCAUUUAGCUCCUAGCUUUCAUAUCUCAGUUUCUUAAGACUGCUGGAGAGCUGGAGUGCACACUCCUCGUACAGCCAGCAUGUCUGUACACCAGACGUGCAUCUUCUUAAAUAUUUUUCUGCAAGAGUAGUGGGUCUCUAUACUGUUGGUAGAAUCCCUACCCAACCAUACCCUACUGUGCCCUCCCCCAUUGUCUGUGUCCACAUUCAGAAAUAUACCACUCUGCUCAUAUAGAAGUAGGAUGUUUUAUGGUUCACCCAAAAAGUACGGGUGCCAUUAAGUGUGUGUUUUGUUUUUGCAGUGGAGCAUGACAAGGAGUUCUAUCACCAGCGCAGCCAUCGCCGCGAGUUCCGGUUUGACCUCUCCAGAAUCCCCGAGGGUGAAACAGUGACUGCUGCUGAGUUUCGGAUUUACAAGGACUAUAUCCGAGAACGUUUUGAUAAUGAAACAUUCCAGAUCAGUGUCUACCAGGUCCUCCAGGAACACCCAGGAAGGUGAGUGACUGAGGAAAGACCCCAGCCUGAGCUGGGUGUAUGUGUGUGUGUGUGUGUGAGAGAGAGAGAGAGAGAGAGAGAAAAGACAAGAGCCAAUAAUUGCGCAAGUGGCUGGAACAAUUGCGUGGCAUCUCAUCCCAUAAUUCUCAUAUCUGAAUGUGUAAACUCAACCUUUUCAGACUGUCAUUGUUUGAGAAGAUGCAAAGCAAUUUGAAAGCUCUGUCUGUGAUGGUUGUUGAUCCACAAUGGCUGUUUCACACAUGCAAACUAUCCCUUAAGGUGGCAGCUGAGAAGCACACAUAGGGUGAACUCAGCCUUGGUCUAAGAAUCAAGGAUUGACAUAUUUCGAUGUAUGUUGUGCCAGUUUGUGGACCUGGCAGAAAGAUUAGAAUAGAAAGAUUUUGAUUAUUUGAAAUGUGAAGAGAGAAAUAUAACAUGCAGAGGAAUUCCUGGGCUAGCCUAUGCAAAAAAACCGACCAGGACAUUAACUGAGGGCCACGGGGAAUGCAAGAGAACUGCCCUUCCCUGCUGCCCUGAGGUGUGAACAGAGACGGGAGAUUUGGAAGGUUGCUAGGGUAACUGGGUGUGAGCUGACAGGAAAAGAGUGUUUUUAACUAGGUGUGCUGGGAAGAAGAAGGGAGAAAAAAGAGAAAGAGAGAUCCAUCUUGGGCAGGCUGGCUGAAGGCAGGCUGGGAGAGAUGCCUUGGACUCGAGUGAACAGUAAGACUGAUGAGUGGCUCUGUUUUCACAGGUGUCUGGCUUGACCCAACUGCACAGACACUGCUGUUAUAUCUUAUAGCUGAGCACUCAAAGAGGGCUUAUUAGGCCAGAUACUAGAGAGACCCUCCUCGAGACCUGGCCCAAAGCCUUUUCAUGCACACAUUUGCACCAGGCUUGGUUGGAGGCUCGGAAAGCACGGGCUGGAUCCUGACUCCAAUCUUGCCAGUUGCCCGACGCUGCUCAGCGUUCGUUGCGAAACGGGACGAGGAACCUUCCUUCCCCUUUGACUUAAUGUGACUUUCGUACGGCGUAACUGAUUGAUUGGCAUGCCCUUUGAUUUUAUUUUGCAUUGCGCCUUCUGCAUUUAGGAAACCGGAUGAAUAACAAAUUGAGUUUGGUUGGUGUUUUCCUUGACGAAAAAGGAUGAUGGAAGAAGUGAGUUGUUUAGCUUGGAAGGAGUUUCGUGAUCGCGGAUGCUCGUCUUCCAGCACUCGGUCCCACUCUUUGGAGGCUAGAGCAGGGAGCGCUAAUCCAUUAUUGCUGUAGAGUAAAAUUAUUGGUCACCAGGGUAGGAAAGUUCCAAAAGUGUGUGCAUAUGGUAAGGAGGACUCCCUUUGAUCUCUCUCACUGAGGGUUUCCCCCUCCAGGCCUGCUGUUUGCCCAGGACUAUAACUAACUACAGGAAAACAAACGCAUUAUACAAUUUCCCAGGCUGACUCACGGCGUGCAGUGACAUGCGUCAUGUCAGCAUGGGAGCUUUUCUUUCUUAAAGGCUGGAAUUUUUUCCCCUGUGUAGGUUUAAUAAUAAAAAGCAGUAGCUUUCAAGAAGUGGCUGCUUUUCUCCCCGUUUCUCUCCCCCCCCCUUUAAACUUCCGUGAAUCGUGGUUUGUGGGUGAAGGAGAUGAGUCAAGCAGUAAAGGAAGCAUGAGAGCCUUUCACCUCUGGAAAUUCCACAUCAGUUGCUGGUGUUUGAGUCCAAGAGCAAUGCUUUCUCAUCCCUGCUUCCUGUGGGAGUCCUUCGGUCAGAUGUUGGUUAUGACUUGAAAGCCCCAGGAUGCGUUUCAGUGGCAGAAACCUGGCGAACAAGUUGUGUGGUCUCCUUGAUGCAAACCAGUAGAGGGAGGCCUCAAAAGCAUUGUCUGUUUCCCAGGCUGGCCUUUUAUAAGGGGGAAAGGGAACUCUGGGGCCUGGGCUUACAAAGUGUGUCUCAAGCAACCUCAAAAGGUGCCUUAUAGCGACGGGUCAAGCUGUUUUUCCAACCAGCCCAAUGCUAUCUGCUCUUGAGCCCUAUUAACCCCUAGGAUCUUUCUUGAUUGCAAGUCUUCCCCAUCAACAAUUAUAUUUUAUUUAUAAAAAUAUUUUAUUUAUAAAGAUAUUUAUACUGCCAACCUAGCAGUUCGAAAAUACGUCGAAAAUACGCAAGUAGAUAAAUACGUUCGAAAAUACGCAAGUAAAUAAAUAGGUACCACUCCGGCGGGAAGGUAAACGGUGUUUCCGUGCGCUGCUCUGGUUUGCCAGAAGUGGCUUAGUCAUGCUGUACGCCGGCUCCCUCGGCCAAUAAAGCAAGAUGAGCGCCGCAACCCCAGAGUCGGCCACGACUGGACCUAAUGGUCAGGGGUCCCUUUACCUUUAUAUCAUAAAAAACUCAAAGCUGUUUGCAGCAGUAUCUAUAUAUAUAAUAAAAACACAUAAAAAUUAUAAUCAGAGACCACCAACUAACUAUUCCUCUGCAUAGCUCAGUUGGUUAGAUCAUGGUACUGAUAACAUCAAGGUCGCAGGUUUGAUCCCCAUAUGGGACAACUGCAUAUUCCUGCAUUGCAGGGGGUUGGGCUAGAUGAUCCUUAGGGUCCCUUCCAGCUCUACAAUUCUAAGAUUCUAGGAAUGCUCUCCUCCUCUCUAUUCUUCUGCAGGUCUUUAUAUUCUUCUGUUUGUUCCUUGCUAGUUCAGCACCAUAUCUCUUCCUCUCUUGCAUUUUCAUGCUUUUUAAUCUUCUGCCACUUUAUGGGACUUUGCCAAUUAUUUUUUGUUUGUGUUAUUCUGCUUCUUUCUCUUAAAUGCUUUGAAACUCAUUUAUUUCAUUUUGUGCGUUUUGGCUUGCUGAUUUCUAAUUCUGCUCCACCUCCACCUCCUUCAGUUUAACUUUUAAAGCCCUCUGCAGGUGUUCUGGUGCCACAUCAAUGUGAUUUUUCUGGGGUUCUAGAACAUGCAGGGAACCUCCACAAGUGCAGGGGGUUAUCCCUGCUCCAUGCAAUCAUCCUGCAACUCGUGGAGAAUGAUGGACAGGAUCAUGCAAAUGUGUGUGGAGCUAACACAGUCACAUCCUCCUUUUAUGUGAUUAUUUAUUUAAUGGUUUUGUUCAUUUAUUUGUUGCCUGUCUGGCCUUUACCAUAAGGUUCCAGGGUAUUGGGGUGAGCAACAGUUUCGAAAUAUAAUAUUUAAAAAGUUUAAAGCGUAUGAUGCGUCCUCAGGAGUAGCGGAUGGCAACGGUGGGACAGCAGUGCUCACUUGACCUCCUCACAGCCGUGUUGCUCCUGCUGAUUACUGAGAAAGUGAAGGCGAGGAGGGUAAGGAGACUGGCACAGUGCAAACACUGUCAGCGGAGUAAAUCUAGGGCUCCUACUAGUGUGUUUGCACCGUGCUAACCUUACCCCUCUCCUUCCUGGGGCUCCUUCCUGAAGCAAUGCUGACCUGCCAUGCAGACUGCUAUUGGUCCUAAAAUAUGUAUCUCAAGUAUCGUAGAUCAGAUGCACAGUUUUUACUAAGUUGAAAUCUUGGUCUGUUGGGCAGGUUCUGUUUUUGUUCAGAGCCUAAUUUUUUAUUCAGUUUUUAGGCAUUUCACAAACAAGAGGUACACAUUUAAAUAGUUAAAUAAUUAAACCAUUAAAUAAGAGGUAUACAUUUAUAACUCUUUUCAGAUAGUUAUUGUUAUGUACUGAAGUUCUCACCCUGGGCCAGCAGGGGGAUACUGUAGAUAGUUAUGCAAAUGAAGGAUCGAAAGUGACGUUCAGUGAUUGGAUAGUUUUAGAAAGUUGUUACAGUAACGUGGUACUGGAGCUCUAUAAAAGCAGGCUGACUGAGCCCUUCAGUUCAGUUCUCUUGUGAAUGGCCUGUGAAUAAACAAGAGCUGUUUGAAGAAUCGCUGCGUCGUCUGCUAUGUCUACCCACUAUUUAACAGUUAUUGUCUCCUAAAGUGGCUCACCACAUUUACUACUACUACUACCACCACUAUUAUUAUUAUUAUUUAUUAAUUUACCAGCCCUUCACCCAAAGGUCCCAGGGUGGGUAACAUAAUAUUAAAACACAAUAGCAAAAACAGUUCAAAACAAACAAUAAGAUGGGUCCUAAAAAUAGACACCUCUUGACAAAAGCCAGGGCAAAGAGGUGCGUCUUCAGCAUACACCAGAAGCUAUAUAGUGAUAUAGCUAUAAUGAAAAAGAGUCCUGCCAUCAGGUUUACAAACUAAACAGGCAAAACCCACAAUGGAAAAGGAAAGUCGGGAAGAAGGUAGAGGAGGGAGAUUCAGCUCUUUGAAGCUGGAACAAAGUGAUGAGCUACAAACAUUUAUAUUCAGUCAGGCUGAUUGCCCUUUGUGGGUUGUUCUUGCCUGAGUAGCAGUUGGUUCCAUGAUUCAGGAAAGGGUAAGAUCGGCCCAGUAUACCUGAAGGAGAGUCUCCACCCCCAUUGUUCAUCUCGGACACUGAGGUCCAGCUCCGAGGGCCUUCUGGCAGUUCCCUCACUGUGAGAAGUGAGGUUACAGGGAACCAGGCAGAGGGCCUUCUCGGUAGUGGCACCCACCCUGUGGAAUGCCCUCCCAUCAGAUGUCAAGGAAAUAAACAACUACCUGACUUUUAGAAAACAUCUGAAGGCAGCCCUGUUCAGGGAAGUUUUUAAUGUUUGAUGUUUUAUCAUGUUUUUAGUAUUCGGUUGGGAGCGGCCCAGAGAGGCUGAGGAGACCUGGCCAGAUGGGCAGGAUCAAUAUUAUUAUUAGUGAGGUCUUGUUUCUUUGGCUGGUGCAUGGGGCCAGAGUGUCCUUUCUCGUUGCUUCUUCAGUCCCCUAGCAACUGGCAUUUGGAGCAGAGUUAUUUCUGGCAGGGGGCAUGGAAGCGACACACGGGAACAGGAUGGGGGGGCUCCCCCUUGCCACAAUGUUAUCCCAGAAAGACAGGGAGUGCCACCCUCCAAUGGCCUAUUGGUAGAGCAUCUUCUUUGCAUGUAGAAGGUCCCAGGCUCAAACCCCAGCAGCUCCAGGUAGGGCUGGGAGAGUCCUGGGUCUGAAAACUUGGGGAGCUGCUGCCAGUCAGUGGUCCAACAGCUUCCUGGGUUCUAAAGGCUGUCUCAUGAACACACAGCUGGUCUCAUCUUUGCCUCUGUUGGAAUGAUCGCAAAGUAAUUAGUUACACAAAUAUCUAUGCAAAGUGUGCACAAGAUGUUUGGCAAGAUGAUACAUGAGAGUCAGCAAAACAGACCGAAAUUGAAGGUGCCGUGUUUGCAUAUCCAAUUACCAAGCUUGCACAAACAGCCACAAUAUCUGGGCUAGUAGUAUAAACAUAGAUGUUGUGGUUGUUUGUGCAAGAUUGGCAUAUAUUAGCUCUAAGAGCAGUAUAUUUAUAUGGAACCUUUUAUAGUUGGACCAGACGUCUGAAAGUAAGUGCAUGUGGUUGUGUGUUCACAGGUUGCAUUGUUGCUCUGCCUCUCCCGUUCAGCCCCUGAGAUGCUCAGUUUAUUAGCAGGGGUGACAUCUCUCCUCUAUAUCAUCCUAUGUUUACUUGUCUUUGCAAAUGCAAUCCUAUAAAUGGCAUAAGUUGCAAUUCAACGCUGAACGUGUUUUAUUUCUCAUGAUCAUAUUGCAAUAUCACAGUGUGCGUGUUUGCAAGACGGGAAAAGCUCUUGUAGGAACCAUAGAUAAAAGAAUGAAGAAAUACCACCUUCUAGUAACAUUUCCCCAUAAAAAAGGAUUGUAUAUUAUGAUUACAUAUUAUGAUGUUUUCAUUUAUGCAUUGCUUCUUAUGAAGCAUCUCAAAGCAGUUUCCCAACACAAUAAAACAUAUAUAAAAAUUGUGUACAGUGGUACCUCGGGUUAAGAACUUAAUUCGUUCCGGAGGUCUGUUCUUAACCUGAAACUGUUCUUAACCUGAAGCACCACUUUAGCUAAUGGGGCCUCCUGCUGCCGCCGCGCCGCCAGAACACGAUUUCUGUUCUCAUCCUGAAGCAAAGUUCUUAACCUGAAGCACUAUUUCUGGGUUAGCGGAGUCUGUAACCUGAAGUGUAUGUAACCUGAAGCGUAUGUAACCCGAGAUACCACUGUAUAUAAAAAAAUUAAAAAGAAUUGCAAAUAUUUAAAAACAGUUAAAACAAUUAGAGGCAACAACUGAUUUAUGCUCAUGCACGUGCGCAUCGCAGCAACCUGGAAGUGGCCAGAAAAGCUGGAAUAGGAGGGGCAGAGCAGGCUUAUGUGCACUCUGCUAUCAUGUGCAAUGACCCAGAAUGCAGGCCCCCCCCACAAAUUGGGGGUUGCCUGUGCAUAUAGAUAUAGAUAGAUAGAUAUAAUUUCACAUCUCCUACAGAUUCUAACUAGAAUAUACUGCAUUUACUUGACUCUAACGUUCCCCUUUUUUGGACAAAUUUUGUUGCGAAAAUUAAGAUGCGCAUUAGAUUUAGUGGCACAUUUACAUUCACCAGCAAAUACUUUUUUGGGUUUCAAGGUUCUGAAAAUUGAGGUGCAUGUUAGACUCAAUGGUGCAUUAGACUCAAGUAAAUACAGUCCUUCUCUAACUGUUGAAAAAGGAAGGUCUUCAACAGAUGCCAUAAGCCAAUAAAGAUGUUGCCUUUCUGAGAUGUAACAUGAGGGAGUUUCAAACGGGUGGUGCUGCCACACUGAUGGCCCGAUUCCGACAUCAUGUGGAAUGGACCUCCUGGUAAGAUGGCACCUUCCAGAUGCCCUUUCUUGCAGACUGUAGCGAUUGGCUCAGCAUACAAGGGGUGAGAUGGUCCUUUAUGCUGAUGCAUAAAUUGAGCAACGAUUCACACGUGCGCGGACAUCACUUGAUAACUUUCAGAUGAGCUCCCUCCUUUCUUAGUUGUGAAGUAUUGUCUUCUGAAGGCAAAUGUUGGUUGAUAUGAAACCUCUGUUUGCAGUAUUUGUUCUGUGGAAUGCAACAGAACAACAUGCAACAGGAUGUCACUGAAACCUUAAAAUUACAAAGCGUCCUGAAGUAGGGCUGGGUUUGAAGACUGCUUGGAAGCCAUUCUUUAUUUGGGGGCACACGUGAACAGUUCUCAGUACCUUCUCUCUCCACCCCACUCACUUAAAAUCUAAACUGCGUGAGGAAAGCGUAUGCCUUAGGCUAUCCUGUCUUAAAAUAUUUACAAGCAUCCCAGUAAGAAUAAUUUUCAAGUAAAGCUCUGCAUUUGCUUGAAUAAAGCAGAUGUAUGGUUUAAAUGUCGCAUUCAAAUGAAACAAUAGUUCUAUCAGUUCUAUAUAAUUUGUUUACUUACAGUACAGUCUUAUAUAUCUCUAUCCAGCUCCUGCCAACCAAGCAGUUCAAAAGCAUGCCAGUGCAAGUAGAUAAAUAGGUACCACUGUGGUGGGAAGGUAAACUGUGUUUCCGUGCGCUCUGGCACUUGUCACAGUCCUCCGGGCACCAGUAGCGGUUUGGUCGUGCUGGCCACAUGAGCUGUAAAGCUGUCUGUGGACAAACGCCGGCUCCCUCGGCCCUAAGCAAGGUGAGCGCCACAACCCCAUAGUCGCCUUUGACUGGACUUAAUGGUCCAGGGGUCCUUUACCUUUACCUUUUACCCCAAGAAAGAAUUGCAGCUUAGUAUUCUUUAAAUAUGUUCUUUUUAUGCAUUAUCUGUUGGCCAGCCUGUGUAUGUGUGUGUUUUGUCUGUAUCCGUUAGAGAGUUAGUGUGAUUGCUGCCUGCCUGGGUUUUUUGGCUGAUUGCAAUGUGUGGUAUUGUUUGGCUGCUGCCUGAGGUGUUGUGGUCCAGAGUCUACCUCAGUAUAAAGACAGACUUGACUGUAAGCAGCAGAGUCGGCACCAAAGCGUGUGGUUUCUUCCUGUAAAUUAUAAACUUUGCAAUUUUUUGGAGGGCUAAAUGUCAUAAAUGCUUUUGGGUUUUUUAUUUCAUUUGCCUAUGCCAUCUCUUUGGUGCUACCCUUUAGGUCAGAGAUUACCCAAUGUUGUUGGACUCCAUUUCCUCUUAACCCCAGUAAGCAUGACAAGUGGUCAGGGAAUUACAGCCCCAACAACAUCUAGAGGGCAUCCUAUCUGCUAUUCCUGCUGUAUAUGGUUUAUCCAUGGUUGCUUUUAGUAUUGUUUAAAUGUAAUAAAAUGUAGUAAUAUGUCCUAAAAUCCUAAUGAUUUUCUCUCCUUUUUCUUUAUCCCUCUCUAGGGAUUCAGAUUUGUACUUGCUCGACACUCGGACAAUUUGGGCUGCAGAAGAAGGCUGGCUAGUGUUUGAUAUUACAGCAACUAGUAAUCACUGGGUGGUCAACCCACAACACAACCUCGGCUUGCAGCUAUCAGUGGAAAGCAUAGAUGGUAUGUUUCAGAAAGGUCAUCGCUGACAAAUCUCUAUUUUGGCUUCCCAUCCUGCAGUUUAUGGCUAGUUGUUUUUAGAAAUGGCAACAUUUUCAUAUCCCAACCCUCCAUUCUUGCUGCCCAGAUUUGUUCAUCUUUCCUGCCUCCUGUACAUGGGCCAGAUUAAUAACGGAGCUCUACUGGAGCAGCUCCACAGGAACCAGAUAGUUUCAAAGACUGUCACUUUGGCAUUCAUUUGCUUUUGAAAAAAGGAUGAUGCUGUCCCUCAUGAUUGCUGAUAAGAGUUUGGAUGGACCCAGCCUACUGAAGUCUUAGAAGUAGUUUUCCAUGCUUUAUAUAGGUAUCUGCUGCUUUCCUAUGACUAUUACUUCUUGUCCUUCUAGUGUCCACUUGACAUCUACCAUCCUUAUAUAUGUUUCCCGUUCCAUCCAGCAUUAUGGUCUUUCCCUUUCGAUGCUUCUUGGAAUACUUCCAGAGGCAUUGGGUGAAAUUCAGCAUCACACUCUUGCCAAUCGUCUGUGCAAACAUUCCGGCUAGUCAGGCGGAACAAUACCUUCUCCCUGCGCACUGUUCUAGGGUUCUCCUGACCCACCCAGAGCCAUUUUUUUGCAGGGGAGGUGGGUGCAGGUGGAAGAGAGGGGAGGAAACCCCAUUGCUCAAGUGUUGCCCUGGCACAGGGUGUCUGCUGAUGGAGCUGGUUAGACCACUCCUACCCACUGUCUUGCAGCAGGUAAUAAUCCCAGCAGAAUGAGGGUUCUGAUCGGCAAGGGACCAGCAGCAAGCAGAGUCAGUGGGCACAAAGCAGGGUCAAGUGAGACCAGGUUGAGCAGAUCCACAUCCUGGUGGGGUUUAAGACUGGGUAGCUCUAUAGGAAUGUUGGUAUAGUGACAGGUAACCUUGGACACGGGUGGCACUGUGGGUUAAACCACAGAGCCUAGGACUUGCCGAUCAGAAGGUCGGCGGUUCGAAUCCCCGCGACGGGGUGAGCUCCCGUUGCUCGGUCCCUGCUUCUGCCAAUCUAGCAGUUCGAAAGCACGUCAAAGUGCAAGUAGAUAAAUAGGUAAGGAAGGUGGGAAGGUAAAUGGCGUUUCCGUGUGCUGCUCUGGUUCGCCAGAAGCGGCUUAGUCAUGCUGGCCACAUAACCCGGAAGCUGUAUGCCGGCUCCCUCGGCCAAUAAAGCAAGAUGAGUGCCGCGACUGGACCUAAUGGUCAGGGGUCCCUUAACCUUGGACUGAGCCUCCCAUGGACAAGCUGGGGGCAAUGAUCUGGACCAAUUGACAUUUCCAUAAUAUUUUAGGUCUUUAAAAUAUAAGCCAAUUCUGAGCUGUAGCUACAGGGGUGCUACCGAGGGGGUUGGUUUUUGUGUGUGUGUGUAUACGCAAAUGUAUGUUGGGGGGGGUACCGAGCUGGGUCUUUGGCCACUUAGGUAUUUAAAAAUUCCAACACAGUAUAUUCAAGGCCAGCACCAGAUUCAGGUGGUAACAUCCUUGAAUCCUCAGAGGGAAUGCACCCCCAGGCUGAAUGUUUCUUCCAGGUGCAACAGAACUCCCAACCAACAAACGUAAUCCAUUUUAUCAGGGAUGACUUCUGUUUAUUCACCCUAACCAGCUCCAAAGUGGUCCCCCAGACACAGGUUCAGUGCCCCCAUUGCCUCUCUAGCAUUUAAAGAUUUAAAUGUGAAACAGAACAAUGCGAUUGGUGACAUCUUGGCCCCAGACCCUGGACCCAUUUCUGGUUUUUUUUUUUUGGCAACAUUCAGAACACCCUGUCCCUGCCCUCACCAGAAACAGACUUCCCUUUUUCCAAACCAAGCACGAAUGAAAACCAGGAGGAACAAGGAGAUCCAUUAUAUGGGUAGUAGCUUAGCCGAGGAACAGAUGGAAUGCAUGGCAUUGACACGGCCCUUGGUGUCCAUCCCAGUUGUCCCAUGGAGACCUUGGUCAGCCCAAGCCGAGUUGUUUUGAAGUGUUGUUUGAAACGAUAAUGAAAGACAUUAGUUCAUAUUUAAUAGCAAUCCCGAUUCCUUUGUAUCAGCGCCAGCGAGAUCCAGCAACGAUAGGAAAGGAAAGGGAAUUUUAAAGGCUCUUUGUUUACUCUUAGAAAGUUUGGAUAAAGUGAAGCAAUGCGAGAGAGGCUGAAGUAAUUUUUUAGCCUGGGGCAUUCUGUCAUCUUCUAAGCACUCUUAAUUCUUUCCUCCCUGACAAUAUGUUGGAGCAGCAGCUGACUUCUCGGAGCUUACUUGGGUUUCUUACUUAUUACGGGUUCACAUCCUGUUUGUCUCAUUGCGGAGGAAAGGAAAGCAGAGCCUGAACCUCUGUGCAUUUGCUUGGCACUAAGUCUCGUUGAGUUUAAUGGGACUCGCUCCCAAGGAACUGUGUAUCGAAUUAUAUAGCCUUCAAGGUGCUGAAGCCUAAGGAGAGUCAUUUGAGAAUAUGGUUGUCUCUUUACAUUUAAUUGUGGGACAUCAGUAUCGGUUUUUAAGUCCUUAAGGCCUCGGUCCUGUAUACCUGAAGGAGCGCCUCCACCCCCAUCGUUCAGCCCGGACACUGAGGUCCAGCGCCGAGGGCCUUUUGGCGGUUCCCUCAUUGCGAGAAGUGAGGCUACAGGGAACCAGACAGAGGGCCUUCUCGGUAGUGGCGCCCGCCCUGUGGAACACCCUCCCAUCAGAUGUCAAAGAGAUAAACAAUUACCUGACAUUCAGAAGACAUCUCAAGGCAGCCCUGUUCAGGGAAGUUUUUAAUAUGUAACGCUGUACUGUUUUUAACACUUGAUUGGGAGCCGCCCAGAGUGGCUGGGGAAACUCAGCCAGAUGGGCGGGGUAUAAAUAAUAAAUUAUUAUUAUAUUAUUAUUACUAAAGAACCGUUGUUGUUUAAAUAAUGCAACCAUUUGAGCAUAUGAAUACCCAUGCAAGAUCAGCCCCAAAGCACAUUUAGUUCAGUAUCCUGUUCUCCUAUAAUUGGCAGCCAAUAAUAAGAUUCUAAAUUGACCCAGCCUGCUGUAAAUACUUUGAAUUUGCUUAGGCGAGAGCAGGUCAAAAGAGCCGUGAUCCCCUUUCUUGUGGCAUCUUACUUAAAAGUCGACCCAUUUAAAUGAACGAACAUGGCCAAGUUAGGUCCAUUAAUUUCAAUGGAUCUACUCUGAGUAAAACUUAGUGGACUACCACAAUAUAUUUGUUUAGACUUCUUUCCCACCUUUCCUCAAUGAGCUCCAAGUGGCACACAUGGUUCUCUCCCUCCCCAUUUCAUCAUCACCACAACUCUUUGAGGUAGGCUAGCCUGAGAAGGUGAAUGACCAGCUCACAGUCACCCCAGUGAACUUCAUGGCAGAGUGAUGAUAUGCCCUGGUAUUGCGUGUCCUGGCUCAACACACUAACCACUAUACCACACUGCCUUUAGGCUGCAGCAUCGAGAACAAUCAACCCUGGCUUGUGGGAAUACACAGAUCUGAAUAGCCAGGCUUAGUCCAGCUUGCACACCGAAGUUCAAAAGUUGGCGUCAGUAAGCAAAAUAUAUUGGAAAGACUAAAGCGAUUUCUUGCCCUCAAGCGCAAUCUAUCCAGAAUGGCACUGGACUUCAUUUAAGAUGAGGCGUUUUUAUUUUAAGCCAAUAACCUUCCAGUGAGAAUUUAGUGUUCCGCUGAGCCUAGUUUUUAUGGUUCCUUUUUACAGGAUCACAUCAAAUUCUAAGCUGCUGAACUCAAAGAAACCUCUCUUAGAAGCAAAAAAGCAAAAUAAAUACUGUAAAUAAAUAAUAAUAAUAAUAAUAAAAACCCAGGGAAGUCUAAUAUUGAAGUUGACCUAGCAUAACAUAACAUUUGCUUCAGUUUGGGCACCGUGGCAUAUAACACAACAUUUGUUGUGUUGAAGCAUUGCUUGCGAGAAAAGCUGCCGUAAUUUCAGGGCCCAGUUUUUGAUCCUAAAUCUAGUGAGAAAGGCUUUGGGAGCAAACCGGAAGAGUGAAAAAAAUCUGUAACCACUGACUUGUGGGGACAUCUUUCAGAGAAGAAAGGGCAAAGGAGUAAACCCUUCACAAAUCCAGAGUAGAGCCCCUAAGAUAACAACAACAACAACAACAACAAACAACAACAAAAACAAAAACAACAAUUUAUUAUUUGUACCCUGCCCAUCUGGCUGGGUUUCCCCAGCCACUCUGGGCGGCUUCCAACAAAGAUUAAAAAUACAUCAAAAUGUCACACAUUAAAAACUGCCCUGAUCAGGGCUGCCUUCAGAUGUUUUCUAAAUGGCAGGUAGUUGUUUAUCUCUUUGACAUCUGAUGGGAGGGCGUUCCACAGGGUGGGCGCCACUACCGAGAAGGCCCUCUGCCUGGUUCCCUGUAGCUUUGCUUCUUGAAGUGAGGGAACCUCCAAAAGGUCCUCUGUUCUGGACCUCAGCGUCCGGGCAUAACGAUGGGGUGGAGACCCUCCUUCAGGUAUACUGGGCCAAGGCCGUUUAGGGCUUUAAAGGUCAACACCAACACUUUAAAUUGUGCUCGGAAACGUACUGGGAGCCAAUGUAGCUCUUUCAAGACCGGUGUUAUGUGGUCUCGGCGGCCUAACCCUAGCUGCCGCAUUCUGGAUUAUUUGUAGUUUCUGGGUCAUCUUCAAAGGUAGCCCCACGUAGAGUGCAUUGCAGUAGUCCAAGCGGGAGAUAACUAACUAGAGCAUGCACCACUUUGGCGAGUGCCUUGCAUCCCACCUUCUGGCAAUUCCUGUAGCCAGGAUGGUGCCAAACAUAUUGCUCUGCUUUCCUUUGGACCACAUCAGCGAGACUGAGAGAGGGGUCCUGUCAUCUGGGCAGCCCAGGACCUCCAUACACACAGGCUUGCACCCUGGGGUGGUUCUUUGGUGCUGCAGAUGCAGCAAAAAGAGAGCAGGGGGCAGCAGUUAGGAGUUACCAGUCUCUGCAGCCACAGCAGGCGCUGGGAUUCUCCAGCAGCUUGACUUCAGCCCUGGAGGCUCACUCCGUCGUCUCUUGAGACAAAUGGAUGCUCACGACAAGUUUUUAAGUUAGCCUCAGCGUGCGUCUGGAAAGCCAUGGGAGUUUAGCUUGUGUGUUUGCAAGUCCAGCUAUUUGUCUUCCUGCUCUUCCUGGUGCAAAUGGGAAGCAGGUUACACUCCGCUUCAAAGCUAAUGGUCUGUCCGUCCCCCAUCUCCUUAGGGCAAAGCAUCAAUCCCAAGUUAGCUGGUCUUAUUGGAAGACACGGCCCGCAAAACAAGCAGCCCUUCACCGUGGCUUUCUUCAAAGCCACAGAGGUGCAUCUCCGCAGUAUCCGUUCCGCAGGAGGCAAACAGCGGAACCAGAACCGGUCGAAGACGCCAAAGAACCAAGAAGCCUUUCGGGUGUCAAACCUCGGAGGUAUGCCGGCAUUAGGUGUGUGCUUUCCAUAAAGCUAACCCUGGUGGGGAAUGCAGUUUAAAAGCUGGAACGAUUUCUGUUUCAGGGAGUGAAUGCUGGGUGGGACCUUACAGGCCAGCAGUCAGGGUAGAAGAUGGGCGGAGCAGGAGUUCCACUGGCUGGGUGGGACCCCACCGAUGGCACUUCUGGCCAUCCACAAGUUUGCCGCAUUGUGUGCCGCAGAACCAUCAAGCCAUAACAUAACCGUGGUUCCCAACUCUGAGCCAGGCACCAAACUAUAUGGAGAAAUAGGCACCGCAUCUUGUGUGCGAUGUUACAACUGCCUACCAGAGAGGAGAAGCCUGACUGAGGCUAAAGUGUGAGUGUGUUUUGCCUUUGCCCAGUUAAUGAACAAGUAGCCAUAGGCAAAAGCACUUGAAUAAAUACAAGCUAGGGUUAUGUAAACACAGAAGCAUCGUUUACUUUUCUGAGGUUUUGCCCUGGUUUGAGUGAGAUGGCAAAGCUGAUUUUGCAAAUACAAUAUGUGGAUCAGAGGUAACAAUAAUUUGUUUCUGGGGGCUUCCUUGAUUUUUCACAGGAAACAAUAGGCUGCUUAAAAUGCUCAUUAACAACGUUUCCUAUUGUUGAAGCUUAUAAUACAAUAAGUCAUGAAGUGUAAUGGCAUUCACCUCUCGCAAUACUGCCAACAGCUUUUCCUUGCACAGAGUUUGAGGCAGAAUUUUGAUCCUGCCCCCAACUCAAAUUUUGAUAUGUGCCCACUCAAAAAAAAGUCUGAUGUUAAAAUGUUCAUGUAAGUGAGGGUGACAGAAAUUGCCCUUAACUGGGCUGUGCAGUCACUAAAUUUGCCGUGUAGUUUGCUGCUGGUCAAUCUCAGCUAACAUGGUAAUUUUUUUCUCUCCUUUUCCUACUCAACACUUUUCAAACUCAGAAAACAGCAGCACUGACCAGAGACAAGCUUGCAAGAAACAUGAGCUCUAUGUCAGCUUCAGGGAUCUUGGCUGGCAGGUAAUGUGAUUUCUGUGCUUGGAAUCAGAGAUUUGUGGUGCAUUUUUAGUCCUCUGUUGCUAUUGUGCCGGUAAUGUGAACCCCAUGACCCAGUUUUCCAAGUUCUGACCCUUAGAGAAGAGCAGUGGCUAAGCCCAUCCUGGCAGUUGCUGCAAACUUCUAAUGUACGAUAAUACCUCCGCAAUCGUUUGCCUCGUCUAGUGUCCAUUCCGGCGAAUGUCUGUGGCAAACCCGGAAGUACUGGAACGGAUUACUUCUGGGUUUGCCGCUCGCGCUUUGCCCUGCAUCCUUUUCGGCUAGCGAUCAGGGCUCUGGAAUGGAUCCCGGUCGCAAAACAAGGUACCACUGCAAAGUCAUAACAAUCGGAGGGAUGGGGGGGUAUUAUUGAUUGGUGAUCAGUCCUGCAGAUUUGCAACUCCUUAAGGUCAUACUCUCAGCUUAGUUUGUUGAACUCUAAUUUGGCUGCCCCCAUCUGAAAGUCUGCUGGUUUAAUGAUGAGCAAAUGCCCUCACCAAAAUCAGCCACGAUUUGAUCAGCCCUGCGUACUGAAUCUUGAAAAAUGUGAAGAGGUUGCUUAAUGCCAGUGGGGCGCAUGCCCCAAAUGCAGUUGUUUUCCAAUUUCACAAAAGAUUACCUGUGUGUUCAGAAGCAGGUUAACAAAUUUGUGUUCUUAGUGGGGUGCCCCAAACACUCCCCCUCCUUGCUCAUCUUCAAAGCCAUCCUCAAAGACUAGCGAUUUACUGAGAGUGAUGGCAGAUGUAGCAUUGAAACAGCAGCCACCAGAAGCCCGCCAGGGAGCACAAAAGCCAAGUCUGCCUCCUCAAUUGGCCAUCAACAAGGGGUAUUCACUAGUCCUAAAGAUGGAAGCUCCACCUAGUUAUUGGCUCCAAAAGCCAUUGGCAGAACCAUCCUUCCAGAAUGGGGCCAUUUGGUUCCUUCACCAAGUAGCUGGAACUUGAUUCCCUUGCACCACCAAAAAUGCCCAGCUGCAAAGCGAGAGAUGCAGUGAAAAAUGGUUCUUGAUAAGCUGGAGGGCAACAUUUCCUCCUGAGCAACCUUCUUAGGGCUGCUCACAUGCCACUUGGGGGCAGGGCCAGAGGCAGAAAGUGGGUGGAGCAAUCCAUGUAAAUUUUGCCUUUGUACAGUAGGGUAGCUUUUGCACCCUCCUCUCUGUCUUCCAUCCAGACAGGCCAGAACCAUUAACAGGAUAUAAGGACACAUUCCAGCAAGGCAAAAACCAGCCAGGCAAUAAGAUGUGAAGCAGGGCCAAAUGAGGGGUGUGGCCUGGGGCAAGGGUAUGGUGCAAGGGGAACUCCCAAGGGUCAGAUGCAAAGGCUUAUAGGGCUGUAUUUGACCUCUAGAUUUGAGGCUCCGUACCCCUGAUGUGCAGCAGAAUAGUCACAAAAUCCUUCAAUAGCUCCACUUGCAUGUAGCAGCCAACCAGACUUUCUUAUAGGCAAUUAUAGUAAAGUACAAGCUGCUUGUUGGCGAAUUCUACCCAGUUCCUCCUGCUCUGCUUCUCCCCUGCUGUGAGCGGGAUCAAGAAGACUUGAUUUUGUGUUACGUCCAAAUCAAGGAUUGCGUUUUCCUGCACGUUGACAAGACACAAUCAUCCUGUCGACCACAAACCAUGGGUUUAGAUUGUUGGUUCUUAUGGCUUGUUAGGGAGCAACAAACCAUGCAGCCUAGUUCAGAUGUAACACAAAGCUGAGGCUUCCUGCUUUGUUGUUCAUCCCACUCAUGCCAAGGGAGGAGCGAUCAGGCAUGAUGCCUUGCUCUUUCCUGAUAAACCAUGGCUAGCACACUGCUUGUUCCUGAUAAACCAUGAUUAACCAGAAAGUAUGGCUUAUUAUAGAAGGGACGCGGGUGGCGCUGUGGGUGAAACCACAGAGCCUAGGACUUGCCGAUCAGAAGGUCAGCGGUUCGAAUCCCCGCAACGGGAUGAGCUCCCGUUGCUCGGUCCCUGCUCCUGCCAACCUAGCAGUUUGAAAGCACCUCAAAGUGCUUCCCGGCGGGAAGGUAAACAGCGUUUCUGUGUGCUGCUCUGGUUCGCCAGAAGCAGCUUAGUCAUGCUGGCCCCAUGACCCGGAAGCUGUACGCCGGCUCCCUCGGCCAAUAAAGCGAGAUGAUCGCCGCAACCCCAGAGUCGGCCAUGACUGGACCUAAUGGUCAGGGGUCCCUUUACCCUUUACCUUUUAUGGCUUAUCAUUAUGUGCAAAUGCCUCCAUGGUGUAGUCAGAGGUUGGGAUGGAUCAGCUGAAGCCAGUGCUGUGAACAUCUACAAAUGUCAAACGUACUGAGGAGUGUUUUACUAAAUCUUCUCUUUCUCUGAUGUAACCCAGGACUGGAUCAUUGCUCCAGAAGGUUAUGCUGCGUAUUAUUGCGAGGGAGAGUGUGCCUUUCCAUUGAACUCUUACAUGAAUGCAACAAACCAUGCUAUUGUACAAACACUGGUAAGCUCAUCCUAAUGCCCUUUUCGAACAGCUUGACUUAAUCCGAUCAAUGUCUUUCUUUCUUUCUUUCUUUCUUUCUUUCUUUCUUUCUUUCUUUCUUUCUUUCUGAAUCACGCGAGGUGUUAGUCAUUGUGGAUUUUAACAAGGUGAAAUAACCUCUAGAUAUUAUGCUGGGUAUUAUUUGCACCCGUUUUGAGAUUUGCUCAGGUAGGGGCACUUUGAGGAAAACCUGAAAUGGGGAGAAGAAGGUGGUGCAAAUAACUUUGUGCUGUUUUGAGAAAGGGAGGGGAGUGGGCUUACAAAGGCAGAAGGAGGACCUCACCUCACCUCACUUUCCUUUCCUUGUUCAAACAUUUAACUUUUUCGGCAGCUGCAGCAGCAAAAAGUGUUCACAUUGCCACUGCCUUUCUUCUCUUGGGCAAGGGCCAAUAACUGUCAGGAGAUAGAGCUUCAUAUAGAAGGCAGGGUGUUGCUGUUACUCCUGCAGGGUUACAGAUUGGGCAGAGCCUCAAGGAGUGUGCUGGGCUCCUUGAUGUUGCAAGCGGAGAAGUCUGGGCUGGCCAUUCCCAGUGGUGGUACUUCACAGAGCCUCUUGGGCUUGCUGAUCAGAAGGUUGGUGGUUUGAAUCCCCGCGAUGGAGUGAGCUCCCGUUGCUCUGUCCCAGUUCCUGCCAACCUAGCAGUUCAAAAGCAUGUCAAAGUGCAAGUAGAUAAAUAGGUACUGCUGCAGCGGGAAGGUAAACGGCGUUUCCGUGCGCUCUGGCUUCCAUCACGGUGUUCUGUUGCACCAGAAGUGGUUUCAUCAUGCUGGCCACAUGACCAGGAAAGCUGUCUGUGGACAAAUGCUGGCUCCCUUGCUCUGAAAAGCCAGAUGAGUGCCGCACCCCUUAGUCGACUCUGACAGGAUUUAACCGUCCAGGGGUCCUUUAACUCAGCAAGUGGCUGAGCCCAUUUUCAGUGGAUUGCACCCAUUGUGCACCCAUUGCACAAAAAGAAUUAGUAGUAGCAGGUGCCCAAACUAGGUUUAUUAGCUGCUCAUCAGAAGAAAACUUUCAGAGGAUAUGAAGUACUUAAAAGCCUGUAUAAAAAUCAGCCAGAGAGAACAUAAUAGUAUUUGUGUGUUUGUAAUCUCAUUAAAAGAUUAAUCAUAUAAAGCGGUCACAUAGAAAAAAUAGCUUAUUAAAAUAACUAUUAAAAUAAAUAGUUGUUUCUCAUGGACACACAGACAUAUAUUUAACUCCACCCAAGUUUCACUUUCCUUUUCCCCCAUAAAGAAGUUUUUUGUUCGUUUGCUUGUUUUAAUAAGAGCUUUCCAACACCAUGUUCUGAUUGUGAGAAAAGGCAAAAAGAACUCCAUAAUCCCAGUGGAAGAAUGCAGUGCACAGCUGAACUGCAAAGCCGUACCUAUAACUGUUCAAAACCUCAAGCUCAAAAUGCAGUUGCAUCCUUCAAAUUGCAUGCAUGUAAUUGCAAAAUGCAUGAGCACUUUUUGCAUAUUUGCAAGGACCACAUCUACCUCUCUGCUGAGCCUUUUCUGCCCAUGCUUUGAUCUUCUUGCAGCAGAUCUUCUUGCAGAGGAAGGAACUAUAAUUGCAUGCCUUGCACAACAUCAAAGGCCAUUUUCCCUCUCAGCUGCUCCUCACUGGUGUUCAGGAGGGAUCCCUAAUGCAAAAUUCAAAUAUCUUGUUAGGUGAUGAUGCUGUGUCUCUCACUUGAAACUUGAAUGGGAACGGCUGUGGUGCAGACUUUUUCUGUCUUUCUCCUUGUGAAAGAUAUGAAAAUGGAAGAAAAUGGUAGUGAUGCUGUUUUUUACAACAGGAAUGGGAAGCAGACAUUGUUGGACUGCAUUCCCCAUCUUGACCAUUGGCCUUGUUGCAUUAAAGUUCAACAAUAUCUGGUGAGCUACAUCUUCCCCGUCUCUGCGUUAAAACACCCAGGUUCUCAAGUCUGGGUCAAUAGGAAAGAGUCUAUAGGAAAUGCUUUGUGCUAACACCUAUCAAAACAUUUUGUGAUGGUGGCCGUAGAAGAGAAGAUGUGACUACCUUGAUGUCUUGUGACUUUUUUGUCUCAACAGGUUCACUUUAUAAACCCAGAUACAGUGCCGAAGCCUUGCUGUGCCCCAACGCAGCUCAACGCCAUCUCCGUCCUCUAUUUUGACGACAGCUCCAACGUCAUUCUGAAGAAAUACCGGAACAUGGUGGUACGAGCCUGUGGCUGCCAUUGAACAUUCAGAUCGGGAAAGCCGCAUGCAGCUUGCAGAAUGUGCAGGUUGUGUGUGAUGUUGUCUUAUAACAUGUGUCGUUAGAAAGAAAAGAAACCCUUCUUUGAAAACAUGCCGCAGUUCUUAGGAACACCUUUUCUGAAGUGGCCAAAGAGAAGAAACGCAGACACAAGCGGCACCUUGAACAAUUUUGGCUUCCAAAUAAGCAUCAUUCUGCAAACUGAUGCACAAGGAAAACAAGGACCGAGGAUCGCUUUUGUAAACAGGUCCGUACUUCCGUAAGGCAAGCAAAACCUGUCCAAAAGUGCUUUGUCAAGGGGGAAAUGAACCUUUUUAACAACAACUAAAAGCCAUAUGUAGUGGGAAACAUGCUUGUGUGUGUGAUUGCGUGUCUGUUGUGUGUGGGGAGGGCACAGAUUUGUAAAAGUUACUUUUAGAGGAAUGAAUUGUUUGAACUGAAAUGAGUGAAUUCAGCUGCCUGAAUGAAGCAGUGAUUCUGUUAAAAUUACUGUGGAUGUGUAAGUCCUGACUUUUUGUUUUCAUGGAUGUUUCUAUCUUCCCAUAACAUUUUACAUGUUUGGAACAUUUCACCACCAAAGCGGUACUGCAAUUCUUGCAAAGCAGAUCUCAAUUGUGUUUGUGUGUGUGUGUGUGUGUGUGUGAGAGAGAGAGAGAGAGAGAGAGAGAGGGAGAGAGAUUGAUUUACAGCUGUGCAUCAUGUUCCCCAAUCAAAAGCACAGCCAGCAAUAGAAAUCUAGAAUAGUUAUUUGUACAUCAUGUUCCCAUCCUAACACACCGACAGCCAUAUAAACUGCAAACGUAUCUGAUUCACUGUCAUGUAUCUUCAGUACAGUUGACUUAAUUGUGUGACACCUUGCACAAUUAAGCCACAACAGAACUCCUAUUUUUAUAUUUUAAAAAUUUGCUGUAAACCAACAAUAAAAUUUACGAAACUGGUUCUUUUUCAUAACAUUUAGCCACAACAACAAAUUAGCAGUUUUUACUCUAGGAACAGAAAAUCAUUGUCAUUCUCCGCAUCCUUAAACUUACUUUCAUUUGAUUUACUUCCAACUCCAUAGGUGAUAGGAAUACUUAGGCCUCCAAAACAGUGGACCUCUUUUGGUGUCUGGAAGGGAUGUGCUUGUCACAAGGAUUUUAUUUUCCUGAGCAGCAUCCUCUCUCAGAUUCUAAUAUUCUGUAGUGCUGGUUUGAAUCCUCCCCAAAUCUGGCAUGGCAGGGGGGUACUAUAGCAUGUAUCCAGCAGCAAUCCUCGCAAAAAUAUUAUUGAUAAAUUUUUAAUAUUUCUUGUAAACCGCUUGGAGGUUUUAUUACCAUCCAGUGGCAUAUGAAUUGUGUUAAAUGAAUAAAUAAACACUGGGCAGAGUUCUGUAUUUUACCGAUAUGGAUGAGGAAAUGAACAGGAUCCUUAUCAAAUUGGGAAGGUCUGCAACACUGUAAAGGACAGGUCAUACAUUCAGAAGUAUGACUUGGGGGACAGAAUUAAAUUCAGAAGAACCCAUUUGCUGAGAAACUGGGAGGCGUCAGGGAAUUUAAGAAAGAUUUAGGAACUACAGUUGAUUACCAACUUGUACACAAAUCAACAGUAUGAUGUUAAGACAAAUAUCAUUUUAGGUUGCACCGACAGGUAAAACUGUUCCAAAACUUGAGGUGUUUUUGUGCUCCUGAGCUUAAGAUGUCUGUAUCUGAAGCACUGUGUUUCAUUAUUUGUACUACUUUCAAAAAGAGGCUUGGGACACUGGGAAAGUUUCGAGGGGAAAGAUACCAAGAUUAGUAAAUAGGAAGGAGGACUAAAGGAAGCAGGCCUCUGAACAUUGGGAAGGGAUAACUUAACUUGCAGGAUGAUUUUCCGCAAGAUGAAGAUGACUUUUCAAAAAGCAUUUGGAGCACAGAGGAUAGCUCUAUCAAGGACUAUUAAGUGCUACAGCUAAAUCCCAAUUUUCCAUACAUACACAUACAAAGUCCCUUCUAAAAAUAUAAUGAAUGAACACAGAAAUCUUAGGAACAAAUCAGACUGGUUAAUUUUGUGGGGAGCAGGUGGGAUUUGUGUAUCUUGGUUGGCCAAAAGCCUGUUUUGCUGGCGAAGUCAUGCUUGGAAAUUUGUGGGACUGAACAAAGUGUCCACAGCAAAUUCUGUCUGUUGCUGGUGGGACCUCAAGGUGUUACCAAGGACUCCCCAAAACCCCACAUUAUCAAAGAUGUGACUGAAUACCUUUUAUACUAAUUGGGCAUGGAGUUUUAUUAGCCUGCAUAGCUUGUUGUGCCUUACAAUGCUAAAUACUUUUAGAAUGUAGACUAAAUUAUGCAGAACAAAAGAAGUUGUACAGACCUGUACAGUUCAUAGAUAAAACCCCUGUUUUGCCCACCAAAUGUUUUGGACCGUGAUUCCUAUUAGCCUCCAUCACAUUGGAUGGGCUAAUAGGAGUCAUCGUCCAAAACAUCUGGAGGGCACCAAGUUGGGGGAAGGCUGGCCUGAGACAAGGGUGCUAACCUUCAACCCUAGGCCUAAGAACACACUGACUUGCCCAAUAAAUAGCCAGAGGGAUUCAUGUCCAAGCCAGGAUCUGAACUGUGCUCUUCCAGACCACGGUAUUUGCUGCCAGAAGUAGCAAGAGCAGCUUCUCUAAAAAGUUCCUUACAUCCACCAGUCACAGCCUCAAAAUUCAGACAUGAUUUGGUGCAAGAAAUAUCAGGCAUCAUAAAUAACCAGCAGUCCUCUGUCUCAUUGUACAUUUCAACGAGGCCUUGGUGGAAAAGGGGGAGGGGGCAGAAAAAACACCCAGAAGUACAGCAUUCACGUGAGAGAACGACUGAGAAGGUUUGAGAUCCACAGCACAGCCGUUGUUGUCAUUCAGCGCGUGGGGUUUUGCAAACCUCCAAUGAGGGGAGAAGGGUCCUGCUAUCACAGUGGGGUUUGUGCUGCGAUGAGGCGGCCUUUUUCUUAUGGCUGCCCCUAGCAAGCUGGCAAAUUUGAGGCCUGGGUGAAAGGCUGCAUGUUCUCCAGACAGAGCCUACUACUUGGGCUAGCAACAGGCGCUUUCUGGUAGCGUCUGAAACCUCAGCUCGUCCCUGGGCCAGCUGGUGCUGAUGUGGGCCUUGGUUGGUCAGGACCUCCUCUGAGAGAGAGGACACUUCCUCGUCCUCCUUCACAGAGUCAGAGGAAAGGUAGCAUACUUGUUGCUGGAGUGCAGCCACAUGAGGAAGAGUAGGAAUUGACAUAUCUGCUUGCCUACCUACUUCUCCCUCUGGCAGCAUGGGGGUGGGGGGUUGGUCUCUGUGGGGAGGAGGACUGGACCCCAGAUAGGGUGUGUGUAUUGCACGAGGGGCACCCACCCACACCCAAAAAACCUUUAAAUGAUCAUACCGUCAUAAGCGGUGGUUGUACAAUCACCUCGGCAUGUCUUUACCUUCACUUUCUGAUCAGGAAUUCCAGUCCACAUUCCCCCAAAAAAUAUUUUCAACAAACAAAUUUCUUUAUUAAGAAAAUGCCUAUGGGGUUCUUCGACUCCCAAGGCUGCCAUUAUUAAAAAUGCAAUUACAAGUUAAACAAGGAGGAUUUGGUAUUCCAAAUCCAGAACUAUAUUCCCCAAGCUUAUUUAUUGUCAAAUAUUAGAUAUUGGAAACCCCAAACUAGCGAUAAAUUUUCCUAAUUAGGCAAUCCUGGAAUAUACAUAUAUAGCUCCUUUAUCUUGAUGGACAGCAUUGGGAUCAAAGUAUGUUAAAACUUUUUCUUGCCGUGUUUUAUCUCUGAUCAGAAGGUACAUAAUCAGAUACUGGUGUAUAACCACACAAAAUUGGUCGGGGCCAACAAAUACAAGGCCCUGCAGCGAUGUCUGGCUUACCUGUUGUGGACCCAUCAGGGGCCUCCGCAAGACCUGGAACUGUUCCUGCCUUGUUAUCUUCUCCCCCACUUAGCUUUGCAACAAUCCUGCCCAGGCAGCCCAUGCCAGAGAAGCCAGCAUGGGGAAGUGCCUAGACCUCUGGUGCGUUAUUAUAGAAAAGUUCAGCCACCUAACUAUCUACUUCUAGGGGUUUGAUAAGCCUUGUUCAGGGAACUCAGAUACUUCUUUUAAGGCUAACGAUGCAUAAGAAACACCUUCUGAGUGUGUUAUUAUAUAUUAUAUGGGUGAGCUCCAGUGCCUUGUUGGUUGCUGUUCUAUAGGUGGCAUAAACCGUUUCACUGUAUACCCUCCAGUCUCUUCUUUUUAAGAUAUGUUUUAUGGGGAUAUUGUUUUUCCUGGGGUAAUAAAUGGCAGGCUUUCUGCCCAUCUCUGUGUAAACUCCGCAUUGUUUGUACAUGUUUGUGUAAAUAGUUUUCACGAAAGCAAGAACAAAAAUUAUUUAUUUCAGCUACUGGAUUUUUCUCUCCCCUCCAAUCACGUUCAGGAAAAAUAUAUAUAUCUUCAUCUCUCCUUUGAGCACAUUUUGUUUCCUUAUUUAAAGAUAUUUAUUAACAACUGUUGGCGCAAAAAGAAAACUAUACAUUUUGGGUCCUUUCCCCCCUUUAGAGCAGUUGUUUUUAGAAGGUUGUUUGUACAAUUUAAUCAAAUAAAUCAUUGCUGUUUUACAUGUUUUAAAGAA